AUGUUUGGGAAGAAGAAGAGGGCUCCAUUGCCAAAGGGCCAGGGCGCAGCUGCAGCCAAACAGGUGAGGGACACAUCCCCUGUGUUUGUGGCAUGACGUAACAUGACAACGAGGAGGCUGGCUGGCUAACAUGACAACUGGCUGGUUAACCUCUCUCACACACACAUACUAGCUAUCCUAUCUCACUGUUCACCAUCCUUGGUUCCAGAUGGGUUUGUUUUUGGACUUCAACCCAGAGGAGAUGACUCAGGACAUGGAUGAUCCAACUGUGGAUGAUGCUGAUCUAGAGGCCGAGUUAUCAGCUCUCACAGGGGGAAAGCCUACCGCAGGGAGGCUAAAGCAGAAAGGUACGUCUCCACACACUUGAGGCAACUAUACAGCCUUCAGAAAGUAUUCAUACCCCUUGACUUUCUCACCCAUCUACGCACAAUACCCCAUAAUGACAAAGUGACAUUUACAUUUUAGUCAUUUAGCAGACGCUCUUAUCCAGAGCGACUUACAGGAGCAAUUAGGGUUAAGUGCCUUGCUCAAGGGCACAUCGACAGAUUUUCCACCUAGUCGGCUCGGGGAUUAGAACCAGCGACCUUUCGGUUACUGGCACAACGCUCUUACCCACUAAGCUACCUGCGUUUGUAGAAAUUGUAGCAAAUGUAUUUUAAAUGAAAUACAGAUAUAUCUCCUCUACAUAAGUAUUCACACCUGUGGCGAUGAAAGCUUUGAGGCUCCUUGGGUAUGUAUAUCAGCUUUGCCCAUCUGGAUUUGAGGAUUUUCUCCCAUUCUUCCUUGCAGAUUUUCUGAAGCUCUGUUAAGUUAGAUGGGGAGCGGCGGUGAAUAGCAAUCUUCAAGUCUUUCCAUAGCUUUUCAAUGGGAUUUAAGUCUGGGCUUUCCAGCGUCGCUUUGGCGGUAUGCUUGGGGUCAUUGUCCUGUUGGAAUGUAAAUCUUUGCCCCAGCUGCAAUGACUCCAACCAAACGCUUCCUGUAGUUGUUGAUCAGUCUCUCACGUUGCUGUGGAGGAAUUUUGGCCCACUCUUCCACGCAGAACUGCUUUAACUCAGUGACGUGUGGGUUUUCAAGCAUGAACUGCUAGUUUCAAAUCCUGCCACAACAUCUCAAUUGGGAUUAGGUCUGGACUUUGACUAGGCCAUUCCAAAACGUCCAAUUUGUUGCUUUUUAGCAAUUUUCAUGUAGACUUGAUUGUGUGUUUUGGAUCAUUGUCUUGCUGCAUGACCCAGCUGCGCUUCAGCUCACAGACGGAUGGCCUGACAUUCUCCUGUAGAAUUCUCUGAUACAGAGCAGAAUUCAUGGUUCCUUCUAUUAAGGCAAGUCGACCAGGUCCUGAGGCAGCGAAGCAUCCCCAAACCAUCACACCACCACCACCAUGCUUGACCUUUGGUAUGAUGUUCUUACUGUGGAAUGCAGAGUGUGAUUUUCACCAGGCAUUACUGGAACCAUGUCGUACAAAAAUGUAUACUUUUGAAUCAUCUGUCCAUAGAACGUUCUUCCAAGAGUCUUGAUGAUCAUCCAGGUGCUUUUUGGCAAACUUGAGUCAACUUUUUGGUCGAGAUUGGUCCCAUUAUGCCUGGCGAAAACCAAACACUGCAUUCCACAGUAAGAACAUCAUACCAAAGGUCAAGCAUGGUGGUGGUAGUGUGAUGGUUUGGGGAUGCUUUGCUGCCUCAGGACCUGGACGACUUGCCUUAAUAGAAGGAACCAUGAAUUCUGCUCUGUAUCAGAGAAUUCUACAGGAGAAUGUCAGGCCAUCCGUCUGUGAGCUGAAGCGCAGCUGGGUCAUGCAGCAAGACAAUGAUCCAAAACACACAAUCAAGUCUACAUGAAAAUUGCUAAAAAGCAACAAAUUGGACGUUUUGGAAUGGCCUAGUCAAAGUCCAGACCUAAUCCCAAUUGAGAUGUUGUGGCAGGAUUUGAAACUAGCAGUUCAUGCUUGAAAACCCACACGUCACUGAGUUAAAGCAGUUCUGCGUGGAAGAGUGGGCCAAAAUUCCUCCACAGCAACGUGAGAGACUGAUCAACAACUACAGGAAGCGUUUGGUUGGAGUCAUUGCAGCUAAAGGUGGCACAACCAGUUAUUGAGUGUAAGGGGGCAGUUACUUUUUCACACAGGGGAAUUGGGUGUUGCAUAACUUUGUUUAUGAAAUAAAUAUGUAAUUGUUGUGUUUAAUUGUUCACUUAUGUUCCCUUUAUCUAAUAUUAGGUUUUGGUUGAAGAUCUGAUAACAUUCAGUAUCACAAAUAUGCAAAAGUAGAGAAAAUUAGAAAGGGGGCAAAUACUUUUUCAUAGCACUAUGUGUAGAUGGGUGACAGAAAAAUUAAAUGUAAUACAUUUUGAAGUCAGGCUGUAACACAACAAAAUGUGUAAUAAGUCCAGGGGUAUGGAUACUUUCUGAAGGCACCGUAUAUGUAUUUUAAAUAUGUCAAAUAAAAUCCAUUAAUUCAUUUAAUGAGAAAAUGUCUACGUUUUUAAUUAGCGAUGAAAUCCUCAUUAGGGAACAGUGCCACUGUAUGUCCCACCACCUUUAAUGUUUUUGUUGUGUUGAUGAACGGAGGUGAGGAGCGUCAAGCAGCGUGGUAAAAACAUUACUCUUUGGAGGAUCAUAGGUCAUCCACACUCUACCUCCUUGUAAUCACAUCUUUUUUUUUUUUUAUCGCAAGAUGAACCCCCUGUUAAUUUAUAAAUGUAUCCCGCUGAUUACUUCACUGAUACGUCUCAUUCAUUGAUAUGUCUCCCUGUCCUAGCCCCCUUACCUAUGGAGAAUAUAGCCAGAAUGGCAGAGGAGUGUAUGAAGGAGAUAUACCAUGAUGAUGAGGAUGAUGACGACCUGGAAGAUGAUGAAGAUUUACUGGUAACUGUUUUGGGUUUAGCUCAAUCUAUUUUUGAUGAUCCUUUACUUAUUUUGAUGGUGUUUGUGUGUGACUGACAGUUUGUGUGUGUGUGCGUACGACUGACUGUGUUGUGUGUCGCUGUGUCGCGUUCACCCUGUGAUAAACACGUUGUUUUUUGCCUGACUGCCUGUUACCAGGCUGAGCUGCAGGAAGUAGUGGCCGAUGAGGAAACGGAGGAUGAUGUGACCCCCACCUCCCCGGAAGAGACGCCACGAUCACCACCACAGGUAACUCACAUCUCCUGCCUACAGAAACGCACACUAAAAGUUGUAUCUGCAAUGCCAGCGUGUGACUUUAGAUUCGACAGUGUUAGCUGUGUGUAUGAAAUACUGAAGCAUACAAUAAGUAUUAUGGUCUUGUUACUCACAUCACUAAUCAGAGUAGCAUCAACUACAUGCAAACAGCACUUCAUUUCGAUUUUCAACAGACUCUGGCAAACAAGUGGAGUGAAAUACUAUUUUACGAUACUAGAAUGUGUGAAUCCUCUUUCACUUAUGUCACAAUACUGGAUUUUGUCAGUUUGAAAUGGCUGAACUUAAUAGUAGCACAUGAAAUAGACUGCUUGUGUUAGUUUGUAUAAGGUAUAAUAGUAGCACAUGAAAUAGACUGCUUGUGUUAGUUUGUAUAAGGUAUAAUAGUAGCACAUGAAAUAGACUGCUUGUGUUAGUUUGUAUAAGGUAUAAUAGUAGCACAUGAAAUAGACUGCUUGUGUUAGUUUGUAUAAGGUAUAAUAGUAGCACAUGAAAUAGACUGCUUGUGUUAGUUUGUAUAAGGUAUAAUAGUAGCACAUGAAAUAGACUGCUUGUGUUAGUUUGUAUAAGGUAUAAUAGUAGCACAUGAAAUAGACUGCUUGUGUUAGUUUGUAUAAGGUAUAAUAGUAGCACAUGAAAUAGACUGCUUGUGUUAGUUUGUAUAAGGUAUAAUAGUAGCACAUGAAAUAGACUGCUUGUGUUAGUUUGUAUAAGGUAUAAUAGUAGCACAUGAAAUAGACUGCUUGUGUUAGUUUGUAUAAGGUAUAAUAGUAGCACAUGAAAUAGACUGCUUGUGUUAGUUUGUAUAAGGUAUAAUAGUAGCACAUGAAAUAGACUGCUUGUGUUAGUUUUGUAUAAGGUAUAAUAGUAGCACAUGAAAUAGACUGCUUGUGUUAGUUUGUAUAAGGUAUAAUAGUAGCACAUGAAAUAGACUGCUUGUGUUAGUUUGUAUAAGGUAUAAUAGUUAGCACAUGAAAUAGACUGCUUGUGUUAGUUUGUAUAAGGUAUAAUAGUAGCACAUGAAUAGACUGCUUGUGUUAGUUUGUAUAAGGUAUAAUAGUAGCACAUGAAAUAGACUGCUUGUGUUAGUUUGUAUAAGGUAUAAUAGUAGCACAUGAAAUAGACUGCUUGUGUUAGUUUGUAUAAGGUAUAAUAGUAGCACAUGAAAUAGACUGCUUGUGUUAGUUUGUAUAAGGUAUAAUAGUAGCACAUGAAAUAGACUGCUUGUGUUAGUUUUGUAUAAGGUAUAAUAGUAGCACAUGAAAUAGACUGCUUGUGUUAGUUUGUAUAAGGUAUAAUAGUAGCACAUGAAAUAGACUGCUUGUGUUAGUUUGUAGAAGGUAUAAUAGUAGCACAUGAAAUAGACUGCUUGUGUUAGUUUGUAGAAGGUAUAAUAGUAGCACAUGAAAUAGACUGCUUGUGUUAGUUUGUAGAAGGUAUAAUAGUAGCACAUGAAAUAGACUGCUUGUGUUAGUUUGUAGAAGGUAUAAUAGUAGCACAUGAAAUAGACUGCUUGUGUUAGUUUGUAGAAGGUAUAAUAGUAGCACAUGAAAUAGACUGCUUGUGUUAGUUUGUAGAAGGUAUAAUAGUAGCACAUGAAAUAGACUGCUUGUGUUAGUUUGUAGAAGGUAUAAUAGUAGCACAUGAAAUAGACUGCUUGUGUUAGUUUGUAGAAGGUAUAAUAGUAGCACAUGAAAUAGACUGCUUGUGUUAGUUUGUAUAAGGUAUAAUAGUAGCACAUGAAAUAGACUGCUUGUGUUAGUUUGUAGAAGGUAUAAUAGUAGCACAUGAAAUAGACUGCUUGUGUUAGUUUGUAGAAGGUAUAAUAGUAGCACAUGAAUAGACUGCUUGUGUUAGUUUGUAUAAGGUAUAAUAGUAGCACAUGAAAUAGACUGCUUGUGUUAGUUUGUAGAAGGUAUAAUAGUAGCACAUGAAAUAGACUGCUUGUGUUAGUUUGUAGAAGGUAUAAUAGUAGCACAUGAAAUAGACUGCUUGUGUUAGUUUGUAGAAGGUAUAAUAGUAGCACAUGAAAUAGACUGCUUGUGUUAGUUUGUAGAAGGUAUAAUAGUAGCACAUGAAAUAGACUGCUUGUGUUAGUUUGUAGAAGGUAUAAUAGACUGCUUGUGUUAGUUUGUAGAAGGUAUAAUAGACUGCUUGUGUUAGUUUGUAGAAGGUAUAAUAGACUGCUUGUGUUAGUUUGUAGAAGGUAUAAUAGACUGCUUGUGUUAGUUUGUAGAAGGUAUAAUAGACUGCUUGUGUUAGUUUGUAGAAGGUAUAAUAGACUGCUUGUGUUAGUUUGUAUAAGGUAUAAUAGUAGCACAUGAAAUAGACUGCUUGUGUUAGUUUGUAUAAGGUAUAAUAGUAGCACAUGAAAUAGACUGCUUGUGUUAGUUUGUAUAAGGUAUAAUAGACUGCUUGUGUUAGUUUGUAGAAGGUAUAAUAGACUGCUUGUGUUAGUUUGUAGAAGGUAUAAUAGACUGCUUGUGUUAGUUUGUAGAAGGUAUAAUAGACUGCUUGUGUUAGUUUGUAGAAGGUAUAAUAGACUGCUUGUGUUAGUUUGUAGAAGGUAUAAUAGACUGCUUGUGUUAGUUUGUAGAAGGUAUAAUAGACUGCUUGUGUUAGUUUGUAGAAGGUAUAAUAGACUGCUUGUGUUAGUUUGUAGAAGGUAUAAUAGACUGCUUGUGUUAGUUUGUAGAAGGUAUAAUAGAAUAGACUGCUUGUGUUAGUUGUAGAAGGUAUAAUAGACUGCUUGUGUUAGUUUGUAGAAAGGUAUAAUAGACUGCUUGUGUUAGUUUGUAGAAGGUAUAAUAGACUGCUUGUGUUAGUUUGUAGAAGGUAUAAUAGACUGCUUGUGUUAGUUUGUAGAAGGUAUAAUAGACUGCUUGUGUUAGUUUGUAGAAGGUAUAAUAGACUGCUUGUGUUAGUUUGUAGAAGGUAUAAUAGACUGCUUGUGUUAGUUUGUAGAAGGUAUAAUAGACUGCUUGUGUUAGUUUGUAUAAGGUAUAAUAGACUGCUUGUGUAGUUGGUAAUAGACUGCUUGUGUUAGUUGUAGAAUGUAUAAUAGACUGCUUGUGUUAGUUUGUAGAAGGUAUAAUAGACUGCUUGUGUUAGUUUGUAGAAGGUAUAAUAGACUGCUUGUGUUAGUUUGUAGAAGGUAUAAUAGACUGCUUGUGUUAGUUUGUAGAAGGUAUAAUAGACUGCUUGUGUUAGUUUGUAGAAGGUAUAAUAGACUGCUUGUGUUAGUUUGUAGAAGGUAUAAUAGACUGCUUGUGUUAGUUUGUAGAAGGUAUAAUAGACUGCUUGUGUUAGUUUGUAGAAGGUAUAAUAGACUGCUUGUGUUAGUUUGUAGAAGGUAUAAUAGACUGCUUGUGUUAGUUUGUAGAAGGUAUAAUAGACUGCUUGUGUUAGUUUGUAGAAGGUAUAAUAGACUGCUUGUGUUAGUUUGUAGAAGGUAUAAUAGACUGCUUGUGUUAGUUUGUAGAAGGUAUAAUAGACUGCUUGUGUUAGUUUGUAGAAGGUAUAAUAGACUGCUUGUGUUAGUUUGUAGAAGGUAUAAUGUUGUUGCUUAUCACUCAGAUAAUGUGACUCACUCAGACUCUGUCUUUUAACCCGGCUUACAUUUUUUACAUUUUUUGUAAUUUAGACUUACAUGAGCAACUAGGGUUAAGUGCCUUGCUCAAAGGCACAUUGACAGAUUUUUCACCUAUGCUUGGGAUUCGAACCAACAACCUUUUUGGUUACUGUAUUUGUAUUUAUUAUGGAUCCCCUACUCUUCCUGGGGUCCAGCACAGUUAAGGCAGUUAUACAUUUUAAAAACAUUACAAUACAUUCAUAACAGAUUUCACAAUAUAUUAAGUGUGUACCCUCAGGCCUCUACUCUACUACCGCAUACAGUGAAUUCGGAAAGUAUUCAGACCCCUUGACUUUUUCCACAUUUUGUUAAGUUACAGCCUUAUUCUAAAAUUGAUUAUUGUUUUUUCCCCCCCUCAUCAAUCUACACACAAUACCCCGUAAUGACAAAGCAAAAACAGGUUUGUAGAAUUUUUUUGCAAAUGUACAAAAAAAACAACUGAAAUGACAUUUUCAUAAGUAUUCAGACCCUUUACUCAGUACUUUGUUGAAGCACCUUUGGCAGCGAUUACAGCCUCAAAUCUUCUUGGGUAUGAUGCUGUUUUAGUUUUGUCAUUAUGGGGUAUUGUGUGUAGAUUGAUGAGGGAAAACAUUUAUUUAAUCCAUUUUAGAAUAAGGCCGUAACGUAACAAAAUGUGGAAGAAGGGGUCUGAAUACUUUCUGAAUGCACUGUAUCUAUAACACACAAUCCAUGUGUACAAGUGUGUAUGUUAUCGUGUGUUUGUAUGCAAGUGUCUGUGUCUCUUCACAGUCCCCGCUGUUCCGUAAGGUGUAUUUUUAUCUGUUUUUUAAAUCUUAUUUUACUGCUUGCAUCAGUUACCUGAUGUGGAAUAGAGUUCCAUGUAGUCAUGGCUCUAUGUAGUACUGUGCGCCUCCCAUAGUCUGUUCUGGACUUGGGGACUGUGACGAGACCUCUGGUGGCGUGUCUUGUGGGGUAUGCAUGGGUGUCCGAGCUGUGUGCCAGUAGUACAAACAGACAGCUCGGUGCAUUCAACAUGUCAAAUAGUGAUGAAGUCAAUCUCUCCUCCAUUUUGUUAGCGCUCUGUGUACAUCUAAGGGCCAGCCGUGCUGCCCUGUCCUGAGCCAAUUGCAAUUUUCCCAAGUCCCUCUUUGUGGCACCUGGCCACACGACUGAACUGUAGUCCAGGUGCGACAAAACUAGGGCCUGUAGGACCUGCCUUGUUGAUAGAGUUGUGAAGGCAGAGCAACACUUUAUUAUAGACAGACUUCUCCCCAUCCUAGAUAUUGUUGUAUCAACAUGUUUUGACCAUAACAGUUUACAAUCCAGGGUUACUCCAAGCAGUUUAGUCUCCUCAACUUGCUCAAUUUCCACAUUAUUCAUUACAAGACCUAGUUGAGGUUUAGUUAAUGUUUUGUCCCAAAUACAAUGCUUUAAAAAAUAUAUUUAUUUUUAUUGGGUAGAUCAGCUUUAAUAUUACAGAUUGUAACUUCCAAUCCCCCAUGUUUUUUUUUUCUCGCAAAUAUAUAUCUCUCUCCUUUAAAAAAAUAUAUUUCCUUUUAUUACUUUCCAACCCCACCACCCCUUCCCUAAUUGGAGUAAACUAGUGAACAACAACGCUUAGGCCUCUACUUCCAGCUUAUACAUACUAUAUACAUUUUAUGGACACAGUCAAUUUUACAAUAAUUCUAUUUUGUUUGUUUUUACUCCUGAACUUCCUCUACCCUCAACCUCUCCGAUCAUUUUCAUGAUGUCCAUCUGGUUUGCUUCUAUAUGCCAUAUCUUUCUAACUGUGCUCUUUCACAAAAGCUCUCAACCUAUAACCUAUAUACUUGCUUUUAGUUUUUGAAAUAUUUAGGAAUAACUUAUUCCUUGCCACCCAUUCUGAAACGAACUGCAACUCUUUAUUAAGUGUUGCAGUUAUUUCAGUUGCUGUAGUAGCUGACGUGUAUACUGUUGAGUCAUCCGCAUACAUAGACACACUGGCUUUACUCAAAGCCAGUGGCAUGUCGUUAGUAAAGAUUGAAAAAAGUAAGGGGCCUAGACAGCUGCCCUGGGGAAUUCCUGAUUCUACCUGGAUUAUGUUGGAGAGGCUUCCAUUAAAGAACACCCUCUGUGUUCUGUUAGACAGGUAACUCUUUAUCCACAUUCUAGCAGGUGGAGUAAAGCCAUAACACAUACGUUUUUCCAGCAGCAGACUAUGAUUGAUAAUGUCAAAAGCCGCACUGAAGUCUAACAAAACAGCUUCCACAAUCUUUUUAUCAUCCAUUUCUCUCAGCCAAUCAUCAGUCAUUUGUGUAAGUGCUGUGCUUCUUGAAUGUCCUUCCCUAUAAGCAUGCUGAAAGUCUGUUGUCUAUUUGUUUACUGUGAAAUAGCAUUGUAUCUGGUCAAACACAAUUUUUCCCAAUAGUUUACUAAGGGUUGGUAACAGGCUAAUUGGUCGGCUAUUUGAGCCAGUAAAGGGGGCUUUACUAUUCUUAGGUAGCGGAAUGACUUUUGCUUCCCUCCAGGCCUGAGGGCACACACUUUCUAGUAGGCUUAAAUUGAAGAUAUGGCAAAUAGGAGUGGCAAUAUCGUCCACUAUUAUCCUCAGUAAUUUUCCAUCCAAGUUGUCAGACCCCGGUGGCCUGUCAUUGUUGAUAGACAACAAUACUUUUUUUCACCUCUUCCACACUUACUUAUGUCUUUCAGAAAGCUCCAAAGCUUUUUAUUAUAAUUCUUUGUUAUUUAUCUUUGUUUCAUGGUGUAGUUUCUUCUUUUUUUAUUCGGUUUAGUCACAUGAUUUCUCAAUUUGCAGCACGUUUGCCAAUCGGUUGUGCAGCCAGACUUAUUUGCCAUCUCUUUUGUCUCAUCCCUCUCAACCAUACCAUUUUUUAAUUCCUCAUCAAUCCACUGGGAUUUAACAGUUUUUACAGUCAUUUUCUUAAUGGGUGCAUGCUUAUUAGUAACUGGGAUAAGCGAUUUCAUAAAUGUGUCAAGUGCAGCGUCUGGUUGCUCGUCAUUACACACAUGCAGACCAGCAAAUAUUCUUCACAUCAACAACAUAGGAAUCACUACAAAACGUAUUGUAUGACCUCUUAUACACUAUAUUAGGCCCAGCCUUUGGAACUUUGGUUUUCCUAGAUAUGGCUACUAUAUUGUGAUCACUACAUCCGAUGGAUCUGGAUACUGCUUUCAAACACAUUUCUGCAGCAUUAGUAAAGAUGUGAUCAAUACAUGUUGAGGAUUUCAUUCCUGUACUGUAAUUUUUUGUCUUUUUUUUUGUUUUGGGGGUAGAUCAGCUUAAAAUUGCAGAUUGUAACUUCUAUCAAUGUAAUUGUCUGCAUCACUUCCAAUCCCCCAUGUUUUUUAUAUAUAUACUCCCCUUUAUUACUUUUCAACCCUGCCAUCCUUUCCCUACUUGGGGUAAAUUAGUGAAUAACAAUGCCCAGGCCUCUACUUCCAGCCUAUUCUUACUAUCUACACCUUAUGGACACAGUCAAUUUCCUGUACUGUUUGUAACUACCCUGGUAGGUUGAUUGAUAACCUGAACCAGGUUACAGGCACUAGUUACAGUUUGAAGGUUUCUCUUGAGUGGGCAGCCUGAUGAAAGCCAGUCAAUAUUUAAAUCACCCAGAAAGUAUACCUCUCUAUUGAUAUCACAUACAUUAUCAAAUCAGAAUCAGUGUUGUACCCUGGGCUUCCCAUUUCUUUUUCCAACUCAGAAGGUCACAUACAGUGCCUUCAGAAAGUAUUCACACCCCUUGACUUUUUAAACAUUUUGUUGUGUUACAGCCUGAAUUUUAAAUUGAUUAAAUGUCACUGGCCUACACACACUACCCCAUAAUGUCAAAGUGGAAUUAUGUUUUUUGUUUAUUUUACAAAUUUAAUGAAAAACUGAAAUGUCUUGAGUUAAUAAGUAUUCAACCCAUUUGUUAUGGCAAGACUAAAUUAGUUCAGGAAUAAAAAUGUGCUUAACAAGUCGCAUAAUACGUUUCAUGGGCAAUAGAAGUGUGUAACAUGAUUUUUGAAUGACUACCUCAUCUCUGUACGCCGCACAUACAAUUAUCUGUAAGGUCCCUCAGUCGAGCAGUGAAUUUCAAACACAGAUCCAACCUCAAAGACCAGAGAGGUUUUGCAAUGCCUCGCAAAUAAGGACACCUAUUGGUAGAUGGGUAAAACAAAAAAAAGCAGACAUUGAAUAUCCCUUUGAGCAUGGUGGUUAUUAAUUACACUUUGGAUGGUGUAUCAAUACACCCAGUCAAUACAAAGAUACAGGCGUCCUUCCUAAACUCAGUUGCCGUAGAGGAAAGAAACCAUGUUUUCACUCAUUAUGGCAUAUUUUGUAUAGAUGGGUGAGAUUAAAAAUAAAUGUAAUCAAUUUUGAAAUCAGUCUGUAACACAACGUGCAAUAAGUCAAGGGGUAUGAAUGCUUCCUGAAUGCACUGUAACGUGUUGAUUCAGGGGUAUGAAUGCUUCCUGAAUGCACUGUAACGUGUUGAUUCAGGGGUAUGAAUGCUUCCUGAAUGCACUGUAACGUGUUGAUUCAGGGGUAUGAAUGCUUCCUGAAGGCACUGUAACGUGUUGAUUCAGGGGUAUGAAUGCUUCCUGAAGCCACUGUAACGUGUUGAUUCAGGGGUAUGAAUGCUUCCUGAAUGCACUGUAACGUGUUGAUUCAGGGGUAUGAAUGCUUCCUGAAUGCACUGUAACGUGUUGAUUCAGGGGUAUGAAUGCUUCCUGAAGGCACUGUAACGUGUUGAUUCAGGGGGUAUGAAUGCUUCCUGAAUGCACUGUAACGUGUUGAUUCAGGGGUAUGAAUGCUUCCUGAAUGCACUGUAACGUGUUGAUUCAGGGGUAUGAAUGCUUCCUGAAGGCACUGUAACGUGUUGAUUCAGGGGUAUGAAUGCUUCCUGAAGGCACUGUAACGUGUUGAUUCAGGGGUAUGAAUGCUUCCUGAAUGCACUGUAACGUGUUGAUUCAGGGGUAUGAAUGCUUCCUGAAGGCACUGUAACGUGUUGAUUCAUUUACAUUUUAGUCAUUUAGCAGACGCUCUUAUCCAGAGCGACUUACAGGAGCAAUUAGGGUUAAGUGCCUUGCUCAAGGGCACAUUUACGUCAUUUAGCAGACGCUCUUAUCCAGAGCGACUCACCAAUUGGUGCGUUCACCCUAUAGCCAGUGGGAUAACCACUUUACAAUUUUGGGGGGGGGGGGGUAGAAGGAUUACUUUAUCCUAUCCCAGGUAUUCCUUAAAGAGGUGGGGUUUCAAAUGUCUCCGGAAGGUGGUGAGUGACUCCGCUGUCCUGGCGUCGUGAGGGAGCUUGUUCCACCAUUGGGGUGCCAGAGCAGCGAACAGUUUUGACUGGGCUGAGCGGGAACUAUGCUUCCGCAGAGGAAGGGGAGGUAGCAGGCCAGAGGUGGAUGAACGCAAUGCCCUCGUUUGGGUGUAGGGACUGAUCAGAGCCUGAAGGUACAGAGGUGCCGUUCCCCUCACUGCUCCAUAGGCAAGCACCAUGGUCUUGUAGCGGAUGCGAGCUUCAACUGGAAGCCAGUGGAGUGUGCGGAGGAGGGGGGUGACGUGAGAGAACUUGGGAAGGUUGAACACCAGACGGGCUGCGGCAUUCUGGAUGAGUUGUAGGGGUUUAAUGGCACAGGCAGGGAGGCCAGCCAACAGCGAGUUGCAGUAGUCCAGACGGGAGAUGACAAGUGCCUGGAUUAGGACCUGUGCCGCUUCCUGUGUAAGGCAGGGUCGUACUCUCCGAAUGUUGUAGAGCAUGAACCUGCAGGAGCGGGUCACCGCCUUGAUGUUGGCGGAGAACGACAGGGUGCUUCCUGAAGGCACUGUGCUUCCUGGGUGCUUCCUGAAGGCACUGUAAUGUGUUGAUUCAGGGGUAUGAAUGCUUCCUGAAGGCACUGUAAUGUGUUGAUUCAGGGGUAUGAAUGCUUCCUGAAUGCACUGUAACGUGUUGAUUCAGGGGUAUGAAUGCUUCCUGAAUGCACUGUAACGUGUUGAUUCAGGGGUAUGAAUGCUUCCUGAAGGCACUGUAACGUGUUGAUUCAGGGGUAUGAAUGCUUCCUGAAGGCACUGUAACGUGUUGAUUCAGGGGUAUGAAUGCUUCCUGAAUGCACUGUAACGUGUUGAUUCAGGGGUAUGAAUGCUUCCUGAAUGCACUGUAACGUGUUGAUUCAGGGGUAUGAAUGCUUCCUGAAUGCACUGUAACGUGUUGAUUCAGGGGUAUGAAUGCUUCCUGAAGGCACUGUAACGUGUGUAUUAUCAGAAACCUGUAUAUACAAUACUUCACAGUACACAUGAACACUGUAUUAUCAGAAACCUGUAUAUACAAUACUUCACAGUACACAUGAACACUGUAUUAUCAGAAACCUGUAUAUACAAUACUUCACAGUACACAUGAACACUGUAUUAUCAGAAACCUGUAUAUACAAUACUUCACAGUACACAUGAACACUGUAUUAUCAGAAACCUGUAUAUACAAUACUUCACAGUACACAUGAACACUGUAUUAUCAGAAACCUGUAUAUACAAUACUUCACAGUACACAUGAACACUGUAUUAUCAGAAACCUGUAUAUACAAUACUUCACAGUACACAUGAACGCUGUAUUAUCAAACUUGGUUGUUGUUGUUCUCAUCAGGUCAGCAGGGCUCCUCCCGCAGUACCAGGCAGUCUGCAGAACACCUUAGAGGAGAGACUGACCAUGUACCGGACAGCUGAAGCCAGCGCCAAGGCCUCAGGGGAGUCCUCUAAAGCACGGAGAUACAACAGAGGGCUCCAGGUAGUGAUGCCCUUUUUUGUAGAUCACUACAAACUCUCUUUAUGUCUGCUGUGUUUGUGUAGAGCUGGAGCAAAAAGGCCUGUACUCCUUGUUGCGCUCCAGAGCCUGUAUUCACAACGCUUCUCACAGUAAGCACUGAUCUACAAUCAGUUUGCCCUUUUUUUUAAUCAUAAUUAAUAAGAUAUGGUCGGGAAGGACCUGAUCCAAGAUUGGCACAGUCUCCUACUCUGAGACAAUCUGCUAAUGGUCCUAGCAGGAGGGUUGACUACCUCUGAGCUAAAGUCCUAAAACCUCCGUCCCGUCUCGUUAUCCUUGUGUGUUUCUCCACAGACCCUGGAGUCCAUGCUGGUCUCAUUGAAGAAGGGGAGGAAGGUGGAUGAGGCUGAUAUCCCCCCACCUGUAGCCGGUGGAGCCCCCACCUCCACCGCCCCGCCCCCACGACGUGCUCCUCCCCCUCGACCCUCUGUUCCUGAACCGACACCUCCAGAACAGCAGGGGGAGCCAGAGGCUGCUGCUCCUGCUGAGUUGUUACCCGUCUCCCCUGAGGCAGUAUCACCCAGCAGUGAGGAGGAGCUGUCAUCUACCGCCACCCUGGCCACUGUCAGCAGCACGGAGGAGGAGGAGACUGGGCAGGCCAGCACAGGUCACACAGGAAGUCAAUCAAUAAAUGAUUAUGUUACUGCUGUGACUCACAAGUCAGUCAAGAAUUUCAAUCAAUCAACAGUUAUUUUUUUUACCAUGUAGACACCUGCAAUAUACCACCAAUUUUAGAUAAAUGACACAGUAAACAAGAAUCACCUGCCUCCAACCAAAUUAAUUAAUUAAUUUCAUUAAUUAAUUAAUUUUAAAAUCUGAAAGUCAACAGGAAGUACACUACACUCCUGGAUGUGUUAUGAAUGCUGUCUUUCUUUUGUUUGUGUGUGUUUUGUUCUCAUCAGAUGAGCCCACAGUAGGCGACGCCACCAAGGCGAUGCUGUUAGGCAGACAGAGAGAGUAUAAGGUGGCAGCUCUGAAAGCCAAGCAGCAAGGAGACAUGGAACAAGUCAAGCUCUACUUCAGGACCAGCAAGGUCACAUUUUUUUUAUGUGUUGGUGAUCAAAAAGUAUCACUUUUUUUUUCUUCUGUUAGAAUGUAAAGGAUAGGCAUAUAGCUUAGGGACUGACAGGAAUAAGCAAGUGGAUGAAUGUAUUAUCUUUUGGAGAUGAGCCUGAUAAACGUUGUUUUGGAGAUGAGCCUGAUAAACGUUGUUUUGGAGAUGAGCCUGAUAAACGUUGUUUUGGAGAUGAGCCUGAUGAAUGUUGUUUUGGUCUAUCCACUAUUUACAACUCUAGCAGUUAUCUUACAAAGUGAUGCAUGGAGAGUAUUAACAGCAACCUUAUUGCCUACUGUAGAAGAUGGAGGAGAGAGGUGUUCUCUGGGUUAACUAAGGCAGCUGGAGGAGAGAGGUGUUCUCUGGGUUAACUAAGGCAGCUGGAGGAGAGAGGUGUUAUCUGGGUUAACUAAGGCAGCUGGAGGAGAGAGGUGUUCUCUGGGUUAACUAAGGCAGCUGGAGGAGAGAGGUGUUCUCUGUGUGUUAACUAGGGCAGCUGGAGGAGAGAGGUGUUCUCUGGGUUAACUAAGGUAGCUGGAGGAGAGAGGUGUUCUCUGUGUGUUAACUAGGGUAGCUGGAGGAGAGAGGUGUUCUCUGUGUGUUAACUAGGGCAGCUGGAGGAGAGAGGUGUUCUCUGUGUGUUAACUAGGGCAGCUGGAGGAGAGGGGUGUUCUCUGGGUUAACUAAGGCAGCUGGAGGAGAUAGGUGUUAUCUGGGUUAACUAAGGCAGCUGGAGGAGAGAGGUGUUCUCUGGGUUAACUAAGGCAGCUGGAGGAGAGAGGUGUUAUCUGGGUUAACUAAGGCAGCUGGAGGAGAGAGAUGUUCUCUGUGUUAAGGUAGCUGGAGGAGAGAGGUGUUCUGUGUGUUGACUAAGGUAGCUGGAGGAGAGAGGUGUUCUCUGGGUUAACUAAGGCAGCUGGAGGAGAGGGGUGUUCUCUGUGUGUUAACUAAGGCAGCUGGAGGAGAGAGGUGUUCUCUGGGUUAAGGCAGCUGGAGGAGAGAGGUGUUCUCUGGGUUAAGGCAGCUGGAGGAGAGAGGUGUUCUCUGGGUUAACUAAGGCAGCUGUAUUUUGCUUUCUCUUUCUCUCUGUCCUGUUCCUUACUGAAGUCCCUGGAGUUAUGAGUUAUGCAAAACAUGUAGGAAGUCAACAAAGGCUGCCAUUGUGAUAUCUUGUUGUCUGUGUUUUUGGUUGCAGAGGUUCGACGCGGUGAUCGAAGCGUUGGAUAAGGGCCUGGAGGUGGACCUGAGUUGCCUGCCACCCUCACUAUCCACGGGUAAGGAUUGACCACAGGACUGAUCUGAAAUGGCACCCUAUUCCCUAUAAAGUGCACUACUUUAGAACAGAGAAUGGCACCCUAUUCCCUAUGUAGUGCACUACUUUAGACCAGAGAAUGGCACCCUAUUCCCUAUAAAGUGCACUACUUUAGAACAGAGAAUGGCACCCUAUUCCCUAUAUAGUGCACUACUUUAGACCAGAGAAUGGCACCCUAGUCCCUAUAUAGUGCACUACUUUAGACCAGAGAAUGGCACCCUAUUCCCUAUAUAGUGCACUACUUUAGACCAGAGAAUGGCACCCUAUUCCCUAUAUAGUGCACUACUUUAGACCAGAGAAUGGCACCCUAGUCCCUAUGUAGUGCUUAUCAGAAGUAGUGUACUAUGUAGGGUGUAGGCCGUCAUUGUAAAUAAGAAUUUGUUCUUAACUGACUGACUUGCCUAGUUAAAUAAAGGUUAAAUAAAAAAUAGAGCCAUUUUGGACAAAGUGGAGUCAAAGUUGUCAGUCUCUAAGACGUUGUUGUUGUUUGAUUUCUUUCCUUUUUUUUUUUUUUUUUUUACUAUUUGAAGUCAACAUUUAUUAUCCGUUGCUCUGUCUUUAGGGGUCAUCUCGGCCUUGUCUGGCCCAGAAAAAGAGACUGGUCCUGGACAGACCUCGAGCCCCAAUCCCCCUGCCUCCACACCUCCAGCCCCCUCUGGUCCCCCUGCCCAGCCUAAAGACGUGCUGGAGGCCCUGGAGCAGCGGAGAAACCGGUAUCAGGAGGCCUGCGCCCAGGCCAAAGCCUGCGGGGACGACCGCAAGGCCCGCAUGCACGAGCGCAUCGCCAAGGUAACGCCUCCCAAGCCCUAACCGUAACCAUGUAAAACAAUCAAUAUCAUUCUAUCUGUAUUGUGCUUCUUUACAAAUAUGUUUGUCACAAAGUGCAGAGACUUUUCAUUUAUCUGCAUGUCCAGCCCUCCUCAUAAUGAAGUGUUUUACCAUUUUAUUUUCAGGAUAACCAGGGCGACAACAGUUGUAUUGACAAAUGUCCCCCCAAAAAAGCCUGAUCAAAAUGCAUGUGUAUGAAUGCUGUAAGAACACAAAAUGGUCUGCUCAGUGGGAAAUGAAUAUCCAACUAGUCAGUGACAACUGUUUGGAGUUUGUGACGGCAACUGUGAGCUUAUUACAAACAUCCAAAACGUUACAGUGGGACUCAUUGGCUUGCAAUCCAGGCCUAAAACCCUAUCACCUUUGACCUCUGGUUAUUAGAUGACUAUGAUAUGACCCUUGACCUGUUCCCACAGCAAUACCAGAGUGCCAUCCGCGCCCACAAAGCAGGACGUGCUGUCAACUAUGACGAGCUGCCUGUCCCUCCAGGUGAGUAAACGAUUUAAUAUGGUCACAUGUAUUCAGUAUAGUACUGUUGUAGAAGUAGACUAGUGUCCUGUCCAGGGGGUGGACUGGUACAUCAAGCUGUCUCACUACAGAAACAGGAGAUAGACUAGUGUCCUGUCCAGGGGGUGUACUGGUACAUCAAGCUGUCUCACUACAGAAACAGGAGAUAGACUAGUGUCCUGUCCAGGGGGUGUACUGGUACAUCAAGCUGUCUCACUACAGAAACAGGAGACAGACUAGUGUCCUGUCCAGGGGGUGUACUGGUACAUCAAGCUGUCUCACUACAGAAACAGGAGAUAGACUAGUGUCCUGUCCAGGGGGUGUACUGGUACAUCAAGCUGUCUCACUACAGAAACAGGAGAUAGACUAGUGUCCUGUCCAGGGGGUGUACUGUACAUCAAGCUGUCUCACUACAGAAACAGGAGAUAGACUAGUGUAUGUAAUAGCAGACUAUUGUAGUUGUGUGUGUGUGUGUGUGUGAUCCAAUCACAAUGACUUAUCAUCUGCAUCCAACAGGGUUUCAUCCAAUCCCUGGCCAGGAAGGGGCGGGACCUGAGCAGGGAUUCGCUGCCGUGCUGGAGGUAGCCAAUAAGCUGGCAUCUGAGGAAACCACAGCGACAGGAGAGAAUGAGGAGGUAGACUAUUCCUUCAAUAUAGUGCACUAGAAAUGACACCCUAUUCCCCUCUAGUGCACUACUAGUUACCCAUUAUUUUGCACUAUAGCCUAUUUAUUGCCUUACCUCCAUAACUUGCUACAUUUGCACACACUGUAUAUAUAUUUUCUGUUGUAUUUUUGACUUUAUGUUUUGUUUUACCCCAUAUGUAACUCUGUGUUGUUUUUAUUGCACUGCUUUGCUUUAUCUUGGCCAGGUCGCAGUUGUAAAUGAGAACCUGUUCUCAACUGGCUUACCUGGUUAAAUAAAGGUGAAAUAAAAAUAAAUAAAAAAGGCCUCUGUGUGGCUACCCUAUGUUGCUCUGGUCAAAAGUAGUGCACUACAGUAUAGGGGAAAAGGGUGUCGUUUGAGACUCGGGGUUAGUGUGUUGAUUGACUGCUCCUGUUGACAGAGCAAGCCUCCUGUCCCUGAGAAGCCAAAGAAGCCCACGUUGGCUGUUCCUCCCACGACCCAGAGGCCCAAGAGGAGCGCCUCUCCCUCCGCAGACAGGACCCACCAGAGAGAGGGCCUGUCCUCUACAGGUCAGUCCCUACCCCCUAGCCCUAUCUCUGGCCCCGUAAUUGUUAGUUACAUAGUCCGGGUAACUAUUGGUUAACUAUCUGCAUUGACCCUUUUUGCACUAACUCUUUUGACUCAUCACAUACGCUGCUGUGACUGUUUAUUAUCUAUCCUGUUGCCUAGUCACUUUAUCCCUACCUAUAUGUACAUAUCUACCUUGUGCCCCUGCACAUCCACUCUGUACUGGUUACUGGUUCAGGACCUUCCCUGGCUCCAUGUACCAGCCUACCCCAACCCACACCACUCUGGACCUUCCCUGGCUCCAUGUACCAGCCUACCCCAACCCACACCACUCUGGACCUUCCCUGGCUCCAUGUACCAGCCUACCCCAACCCACACCACUCUGGACCUUCCCUGGCUCCAUGUACCAGCCUACCCCAACCCACACCACUGGACCUUCCCUGGCUCCAUGUACCAGCCUACCCCAACCCACACCACUCUGGAUCUUCCCUGGCUCCAUGUACCAGCCUACCCCAACCCACACCACUCUGGACCUUCCCUGGCUCCAUGUACCAGCCUACCCCAACCCACACCACUCUGGACCUUCCCUGGCUCCAUGUACCAAACUACCCCAACCCACACCACUCUGGACCUUCCCUGGCUCCAUGUACCAGCCUACCCCAACCCACACCACUCUGGACCUUCCCUGGCUCCAUGUACCAGCCUACCCCAACCCACACCACUCUGGACCUUCCUGGCUCCAUGUACCAGCCUACCCCAACCCACACCACUCUGGACCUUCCCUGGCUCCAUGUACCAAACUACCCCAACCCACACCACUCUGGACCUUCCCUGGCUCCAUGUACCAGCCUACCCCAACCCACACCACUCUGGACCUUCCCUGGCUCCAUGUACCAGCCUACCCCAACCCACACCACUCUGGACCUUCCCUGGCUCCAUGUACCAGCCUACCCCAACCCACACCACUCUGGACCUUCCCUGGCUCCAUGUACCAGCCUACCCCAACCCACACCACUCUGGACCUUCCCUGGCUCCAUGUACCAGCCUACCCCAACCCACACCACUCUGGACCUUCCCUGGCUCCAUGUACCAAACUACCCCAUGUGUAUAUAGCUGGUACUAGGGCUGUUGCAGUGACCGUAUUACCGCCCCACCGGCGGUCACGAGUCAUGAAGGCAGUCAAAUUCCACGUGACCGUUUAGUCACGGUAAUUAGGCUUCUCCAAGCGCUGAUGCUGCUGAUGGUCAUUAGUAUCCUACCCAACUUGCUAACUGCCUGGUACUCAGCACUCUACUGUCCCUCUAAUCACUCUGACAUCAAUGCAAAUGUUAUCAAAAAUCUACUCAAACACUUAAUGAGAGCCCAUGAGCUCAUGUUGAGCAACAUUUCUAUAGGCUACGCAAUUGCGUGAGAAAACAGAGUGAUGGCCUCUAUUAAAAAGAGGAGGAUCCCAUCAGCUUUCUAUAGGCUAGGCCUACUAUAUUUAUUUCUCAAUCUUCCUAAUAUUAAGCACAUUGCUUAUAUUUACAACAGGAGUGUAGCCUACCUGGCUGGCAUGAAAAUGAACCACAGGAAAAGCAUCCUCCAUUCGCUAUUUAAGUGCAUAGAUGACAUAUUUUUUUUCCGCUGCCCCUGUUUUGAUACAGGUGCACGAUAACGGUCCAUUCUAAAUCAAAACAAAUUUCACACAUACAUUAUUUAGUAAAGACAAGAUUAAAUCAAGAAUAGUCUGAUGGGUGUCAGUAUUAGCCUAUCACUAGUGAAUUAUAUAUUAUCACUUGUGAAUGAUGCCCAGCUUAAGAAACAAUACCUUAUUUUUUGCGAGUUUUUCUAAUCAUAGUCGCACACCUCAUGUAGCCUAGCUCAUCGGCCUAUAUGUUUAAAAUGAAGUACAUUAAUCCGCUUUACAAGGGGUUUAGAGCCUAACUGGCAUACAUAAGCAGCGCGUGAGUCAAGUUUGGGGAAGAUAAUUUUCACCAUAAAAAUUCACCUUUUAUAAUAAAAGCAUUAAUGCAUAAUUGCAUUUGCGGUCACUUUUUUGAUAAUGGUGUUUUUCCUGCUAAUUAAACAUUCCCGCUUAUAGCCUACUGCCGUGUGCACAUCACUGAGCUUAUAAUGUGAAGAAAUAGCCUAAUAGUUUAUCAACAUUUUAAGCUAAACGUUCUGAUCUGUUGCGUCAGCCUCAUUGCGAUCAAAAAGUUUUUUUAUGCUAGUGGUUGUAUUAAUUUGGGAUCUAUCGCAUCCCACAACUGUCCCAGACUAUGUUUGGAAUAUUUAUUUCUCUCACAGAAUAGAAUAGGUCGACUUUUGUACUAUGGGGGAUAGUAGAUUGACAUAGGCUAGUGAUUUUGCUGUUCGUUAGGCCGACUCAUCUUGUUGGCUGACGAAAAGUACAUGUGGACAGUUCUUCCAAUAUCUUCAAUAUGCACUUCGGAAUUGGAUGUGUCUGUCUUCACUGGUAGCCUGUGAGAAAGACCAGAUCACGUGAUGGAGAGCCACGGGGGGGCCAGUAUGAAAAUGUAUGCACUCACUUAACUGUAAGUCGCUCUGGAUAAGAGCGUCUGCUAAAUGACUAAAAUGUGAGUGAGAGGUGAUUUGGAGCGCGUAAUACUCAGGGAGAAGGGCACAACUGCCACUGGCCAUAAAGGCAUGGAUUUUUUUUUUUAGGGAACAUUACGGCCUCACAAUGGCGAUACCGGCGUGAAAUUCAAGGCAUUAUCAAGUGCUUGUCAAAUUGAAUGAGAGACUGAUGGAGUGUGUACAGCCUAAACAACAAAUCUGUGUUUGUGUUUUAUAUGAUGAGUUUCUGGUAUUGAGAAGUUCAGAAUGCAAGAGAAUACGUUACACAGAUGGAGAUUGGUUUCAGUCAUCAUUUAAUGGUCACAAUAUUGGAUUCAAUGACGGGGUGGGUAUGGACAUAGCCCCCUGCCAUCUGAAUGACUUCCAUACAACAUCUCUCAGCUUAUAGAAAUGCACCUUCCAAUCUACUUUUAUCCCACACAGUUGCUACUAACCAUUUAUUGAUUGUCACUCAUCCACCACCAUAUCAUCUACCUCCUUGGGAUCCUGUGACACCCUAGCCAGGCCAUUCCAUCAUCCACCUCCUUGGGAUCCUGUGGCACCCUAGCCAGGCUAUUCCAUCAUCCACCUCCUUGGGAUCCUGUGGCACCCUAGCCAGGCUAUUCCAUCAUCCACCUCCUUGGGAUCCUGUGGCACCCUAGCCAGGCUAUUCCAUCAUCCACCUCCUUGGGAUCCUGUGACACCCUAGCCAGGCUAUUCCAUCACGCAACCCAUCCUAAGAUUAGCACCAGUGGCCCCCAAUCUAUCUUGGCCACACUCACCUUCUGUUACUCACUCGUGACACCAAUAACACAUGGUGUGUCCUUGUCCCGUCUCCCUCGCAUACAUCUUAUGAGUUGUGCACACAUUUUUUUAAUGAAUGUUGUAUCACAAAUCAUCGUAACACAGAGCUCAUGUGGAAGCCAGGAGAUGCUAAAUGUGUUUAUGUUAAUUAACGGUCAAUUACUGUGAGACCGACAGUUAUUUGCUUGACAGUCACCGGCUGACUACAUUUGGUGGCCGCCCCAGCUGGUUCCCAUGUUACUCAGCGUGUAUUUAUUUUUAGGCCCCGUGUAGCUCAGUUGGUAGAGCAAUGCGCUUGCAACGCCAGGGUUGUGGGUUCGUUUCCCACAGGGGGCCAGUAUGAAAAUGUAUGCACUCACUAACUGUAAGUCACUCUGGAUAAGAGCGUCUGCUAAAUGACUAAAAUGUAAAAAUGUAUUCGUGUUUUUCUAUUUCUCAUUUUUCCUCUCUGUGUUAUUGGAAAAGCAUUUCACUGUUAGUCUACACUUGCUGUUUUACGAAACGUGACAAAUACUAUUGGGAAAAACAACCAGACUAGCAUGCGGACUGAUUAACUCCGAGAGAACAGCCAAGAGUCCUGUUAACUCCGAGAGAACAGCCAAGAGUCCUGUUAACUCCGAGAGAACAGCCAAGAGUCCUGUUAACUCCGAGAGAACAGCCAAGAGUCCUGUUAACUCCGAGAGAACAGCCAAGAGUCCUGUUAACUCCGAGAGAACAGCCAGUCAAGAGAAGACAGAGAUGAAAACCCAGUUCCUGUUACUACUCGAACAGGACAACUGUCAUAAACAGUCAUGAAAGUCUGAGCAAAUCACACAUUAUACCCUCUACCCCAGAGCACGGCGCUUGUAACGCCAGGGUAGUGGGUUCGAUCCCCGGGACCACCCAUACACAAAAAUGUAUGCACGCAUGACUGUAAGUCGCUUUGGAUAAAAGCUUCUGCUAAAUGGCAUAUUAUUAUUGUGUCCUACUGUGGUUGAAAGUAGUGUUUUAUAUAGGAAAUAGGAUGUCAUUUGAAUAAAAUGUUGUUCCUCUCCUCCCUGUAGCGUUGCAGCAGUUGGACUUUGUGGAGGGGCGCAGGCAGCUGUACAUGAAGGCAGCGCUGCAGGCCAAACAGAAGAAUGACAUGGACACAGCCAGAACCCUGCUCCGUACCGCCAAGGGACUGGAUCCACUCAUAGAGGCCGUCAAGGCGGGCAAACACGUCGACAUCAGCAAGGUGAAUUUUCACGAAUUCUAAAGGCACAACCUAGACUAAACCUGUCAUUACUCCAACCUCGUGAAAGUUACAAACUGACACGUUUUACUUUUUUUUUGUCAAAAACAACUUUAUAUUGAAGCAGUGCCUUUUCAUUUGACGGCCUGCACAUGCGCAGUUCGGCGCUACGUGACCGUUAGACCCGAUUUUUAUGUGUUUCUUUGCAUGAGCUUAGCAAGCCAACGUCGCCAUAACUUCGCCUAGAAGUGUGAUCGAGGAUUUCUAUUGGAGAAGCAGUUUUUGCAUAUCUUCUUACUGUCUUUGCCUGUAGUGUAGGAAGUAGGUUUGGGCGAUUUUAUAACGAUUGCAUCGUCUAUUGACUAUGAUUUGACAAGUCACCGUUGAUGGCGAGAACAUCAGUCUGGCAGCGCCAUGCAGUGAGCACACAGCAGGGCGACGGGCCAAACGGCCUAUUCCCUAUUGGCCGUAGCCUAAAUGUUCAAUACAUAUGAUUGGUCGACUAUUGAACGUAAUGCGAGAGAACAAGGUAGAUUGUAGACCGAGUGGAGAGCACCAAAGCAGAGCUAAAAAUCAGAUGGGGCCUAACAUGUGUGUUCUCUCUCCUCUCCAAUGUGGGAGGAUCAUGGGCCUUUUACAGCGGACACUCUGUUGUCUGGCUUAUUGUUUUAACAUGUGGGAGGAUCAUGGGCCUUUUUACAGCGGACACUCUGUUGUCUGGCUUAUUGUUUUAACAUGUGGGAGGAUCAUGGGCCUUUUUACAGCGGACACUCUGUUGUCUGGCUUAUUGUUUUAACAUGUGGGAUGAUCAUGGGCCUUUUUACAGCGGACACUCUGUUGUCUGGCUUAUUGUUUUAACGUGUGGGAGGAUCAUGGGCCUUUUACAGCGGACACUCUGUUGUCUGGCUUAUUGUUUUAACAUGUGGGAGGAUCAUGGGCCUUUUUACAGCGGACACUCUGUUGUCUGGCUUAUUGUUUUAACAUGUGGGAUGAUCAUGGGCCUUUUUACAGCGGACACUCUGUUGUCUGGCUUAUUGUUUUAACAUGUGGGAUGAUCAUGGGCCUUUUACAGCGGACACUCUGUUGUCUGGCUUAUUGUUUUAACAUGUGGGAUGAUCAUGGGCCUUUUUACAGCGGACACUCUGUUGUCUGGCUUAUUGUUUUAACAUGUGGGAGGAUCAUGGGCCUUUUACAGCGGACACUCUGUUGUCUGGCUUAUUGUUUUAACAUGUGGGAUGAUCAUGGGCCUUUUACAGCGGACACUCUGUUGUCUGGCUUAUUGUUUUAACAUGUGGGAUGAUCAUGGGCCUUUUUACAGCGGACACUCUGUUGUCUGGCUUAUUGUUUUAACAUGUGGGAGGAUCAUGGGCCUUUUUACAGCGGACACUCUGUUGUCUGGCUUAUUGUUUUAACAUGUGGGAGGAUCAUGGGCCUUUUACAGCGGACACUCUGUUGUCUGGCUUAUUGUUUUAACAUGUGGGAGGAUCAUGGGCCUUUUACAGCGGACACUCUGUUGUCUGGCAUAUUGUUUUAACAUGUGGGAGGAUCAUGGGCCUUUUUACAGCGGACACUCUGUUGUCUGGCUUAUUGUUUUAACAUGUGGGAGGAUCACGGGCCUUUUUACAGCGGACACUGUUGUCUGGCUUAUUGUUUUAACAUGUGGGAGGAUCACGGGCCUUUUACAGCGGACACUGUUGUCUGGCUUAUUGUUUUAACAUGUGGGAUGAUCACGGGCCUUUUUACAGCGGACACUGUUGUCUGGCUUAUUGUUUUAACAUGUGGGAGGAUCACGGGCCUUUUACAGCGGACACUGUUGUCUGGCUUAUUGUUUUAACAUGUGGGAUGAUCAUGGGCCUUUUUACAGCGGACACUCUGUUGUCUGGCUUAUUGUUUUAACAUGUGGGAGGAUCACGGGCCUUUUUACAGCGGACACUCUGUUGUCUGGCUUAUUGUUUUAACAUGUGGGAGGAUCAUGGGCCUUUUUACAGCGGACACUCUGUUGUCUGGCUUAUUGUUUUAACGUGUGGGAGGAUCAUGGGCCUUUUACAGCGGACACUCUGUUGUCUGGCUUAUUGUUUUAACGUGUGGGAGGAUCAUGGGCCUUUUUACAGCGGACACUCUGUUGUCUGGCUUAUUGUUUUAACAUGUGGGAGGAUCACGGGCCUUUUACAGCGGACACUCUGUUGUCUGGCUUAUUGUUUUAACAUGUGGGAUGAUCAUGGGCCUUUUCCAGCGGACACUCUGUUGUCUGGCUUAUUGUUUUAACAUGUGGGAUGAUCAUGGGCCUUUUUACAGCGGACACUCUGUUGUCUGGCAUAUUGUUUUAACAUGUGGGAUGAUCAUGGGCCUUUUUACAGCGGACACUCUGUUGUCUGGCUUAUUGUUUUAACAUGUGGGAGGAUCAUGGGCCUUUUUACAGCGGACACUCUGUUGUCUGGCUUAUUGUUUUAACAUGUGGGAGGAUCAUGGGCCUUUUACAGCGGACACUCUGUUGUCUGGCUUAUUGUUUUAACAUGUGGGAGGAUCAUGGGCCUUUUACAGCGGACACUCUGUUGUCUGGCUUAUUGUUUUAACAUGUGGGAGGAUCAUGGGCCUCUUUACAGCGGACACUCUGUUGUCUGGCUUAUUGUUUUAACAUGUGGGAGGAUCAUGGGCCUUUUACAGCGGACACUCUGUUGUCUGGCUUAUUGUUUUAACGUGUGGGAGGAUCAUGGGCCUUUUACAGCGGACACUCUGUUGUCUGGCUUAUUGUUUUAACAUGUGGGAGGAUCAUGGGCCUUUUACAGCGGACACUCUGUUGUCUGGCUUAUUGUUUGGAAUGUCGCUUACCCAUACGAUGAAGAUGAAAUAACAAUAGCAUACACUUGAUACGGCUAUAAUAUUAUACUGAACAAAAAUAUAAACCAUUUGAAAGAUUUGACUGAGUUACAGUUCAUAUAAGGAAAUCAGUCAAUUUAAAUAAAUACAUUAGGCCCUAAUCUAUGGAUUUCACAUGACUGGGUAGGGGAGCAGCCAUGGGUGGGCCUGGGAGGGCAUAGGCCCACCCACUAGGGAGCCAGGCCCAGCCAAUAAGAAUUUGUUUUUCCCCACAAAAGGGCUUUAUUACAGACAGAAAUACUCCUCCGCACCCCCCCCCCCCCCCUCUCCCCUCUCAGACAAUCCCGCAGGUGAAGAAGCCGGAUAUGGAGGUCCUGGGCUGGCGUGGUUACACGUCGUCUGCGGUUGUGAGGCCGGUUGGAUAUACUGCCAAAUUCUCUAAAACAACGUUUGAGGCGGCUUAUGGUAGAGAAAUUAACAUUAAAUAUCUGGCAACAGCUCUGGUUGACAUUCCUGCAGUCAGCAUGCCAAUUACACGCUCCCUCAAAACUUGAGACAUCUGUGGCAUAACUGCACAUUUUUAGAGUAGCCUUUUAUUGUCCCCAGCACAAGGUGCACCUGUGUAAUGAUCAUACAGUUUAAUCAUUUUAUUGAUAAGCCACAGCUGUCAGGUGGAUGGAUUAUCUUGGCAAAGGAGAAAUGCUCACUAACAGGGAUGGAAACAAAUUUCUGCACAAAAUUUGAGGGAAAUAAGCAUUUUGUGCGUAUGGAACAUUUCUGUGAUUUUUUAUUUCAGCUCAUGAAACAUUGGACCAACACGUUACACGUUGCGUUUUAUUGUUCUGUGUAGUUUUAAAAGGUAAGCUAAUGUAACUGAGUAUUUUUAUGGACAAGAGAAACAUGGCCCUACCAAUUUUUUUAAAUAAUCUUGCAGCCUAGAUGAGAGAGAACAUAACUAGGCCUAACACUGUUUUGUUUUAAGCAAUGAUUUAACCUCUACGGGAUCGGUGUCCCGUAUACGGGACGGUUGAGCUAACGUGCGCUAAUGUGAUUAGCAUGACUGUUGUCAGUAACAGCAAACUUUCCAGGACAUAGACAUGUCUUAUAUGGGCAGAAAGCUUAAAUUCUUGUUAAUCUAACUGCACUGUCCAAUUUACAGUAGCUAUUACAGUGAAAAUAUACCAUGCUAUUGUUUGAGGAGAGUGCACAACAACAAAACACGUAUCACGGCAACUGGUUUGAUACAUUCACCUCUGAAGGUAAAUAAUGUACUUACAUUCAGUAAUCUUGCUCUGAUUUGUCAUCCUAAGGGUCCCAGAGAUAAAAUGUAGUGUAGUUUUGUUUGAUAAAAUCCAUUUUUAUAUUCAAAUGUAGGAACUGGGUUCUACAGUUUGAACCCUUGCUGUCUCUGGCUCCACACCAACCCCGCCCGGCCAUCUAGAUGUGUGAAAGUUAGUGUAUAAGCUAAUGAUCCAUCAUGUAUGACAUUCCUGGGAGUGUGUAAACUUACAUUUUUUAUUACCACAUAAUUUUUGUAUAUUCUCUAUAGUUAUAUACUUGAAAAUAUAUCAAUUGACCAAUUCGGCACAUUUGGGCAGACUUGAUACAAAAUAGUCCAGUAUUCACUGGAUCAAUCUGAAACUUUGCACACACUGAUGCGAUCUAGUGGCCAAAAUCUAAAUUGUGCCUAAACUGCAAUAUUAUAUUGUGGCCUUUCUCUUGCAUUUCAAAGAUGAUGGAACAUUCAUUUUUUAUUUUUUUAUUUUGAAAAGGCAUGUUCUUUUGUUUGUAUUAUCUUUUACCAGAUCUAAUGUGUUAUAUUCUCCUACGUUUAAUUUCACAUUUCCACAAACUUCAAAGUGUUUCCUUUCAAAUGGUAUCAAUAAUAUGCAUAUCCUCGCUUCAGGUCCUGAGCUACAGGCAGUUAGAUUUGGGUAUGUCAUUUUAGGCGAACGUCUUAGGGUCUGGUCCUUAUGAGCUUUUUUAAUGAGGUUGUUUGUGGCUUUGUAACAAUUUUAAAUAAGGAUGACAUUAUGCAGCAGAUCACAGUUUAACCAAUGUCCUUUUAUAGUGGCUUCUCCCCCCCCCCCCCCCCCCCCCCCCCCCCCCCCCCCCGCCCAACAAUGUUUGGAUGGGACAGUGUCAUUCCAGACAUCUCUCUACCUUUAGUAGGAAGGAACUACAAUCCUCUACCUCUGUGGUGUAACGCCCUGUCUGUCUGUGCUGUUCUCUAGGUGCCGUCGCCCCCUGGUGACGAGGAUGAGGACUUCAUCCUGGUUCAUCACAGUGACGUCCAGAUCUCCGAGAAGGCGGGGGAGGUCUACACUCAACUGGCCAAGAUACUGAAGGAACAGUACGAGGUACUAAUUAUCAACUGCUUGUUAGAUCAUGAAAGGAGAGGCUUUUACACACCUCCAAACUCAAAAGGCUAGCCAAAAAAGAGAAGUGUGGAUAUGUUAACAGAUAGGAGCCCAGAGGAAACCCUGCAUUACCACUUGUCCUCUUCUGCCUUUUGACCUCCCACUGUACUGACAUUUAGUCAUGAAGCAUUUAUUUUUCUCUCUCCUCUAGAAGUGCAUGACUUACUCCAAGCAGUUCACUCAUCUGGGUAACAUCACUGAGACCACCAAGUAAGAGAGCGCCAUCACUGCAUACUGUACACAUCUAGCCUGUCUGUCUGCAUGGAAUACUAACAUGCAUUAUACAACGCCAACUAACACACACUUUUAACAUGCAACGUGGACCAACACACACAUUAUGUUGGCGUUGUGGUACUGAUGUUCCUCCCGGUGUGUGUGUGUGUGUGUGCUGCAGGUUUGAGAAGAUGGCAGAGAGCUGUAAGACGAGUCUGGAGAUGUUGAAGCUGUCCCAGUCUAAGGGACUGGACCCUCCUAAACAUCACUUUGAGGAGAGGACAUACCACACCGUCAGGUUGUUGUCUCUCUUUCUCUGUCUACCGAUAUCUCUCGCACGCUCUCUCGUUCUUCAUCUCCCUCUUCUGUGUUAUCCUGUGUCUCUCCCUCUCUCUCUCUCCCUCUCUCUCUCUCUGUCUCCCUCUCCCCCUCCCCCUCUCUGUCUCUCUCUCUCCCUCCCCUCCCCCUCUCUCCCUCCCCCUCCCUCCCUCCCCCUCUCUCCCUCCCUCCUCCCUCCCUCCCUCCCCCUCCCCCUCCCCCUCCCCCUCCCCCUCUCCCCCUCCCCUCCCCCUCCCCCUCUCUCCCCUCCCCCUCUCCCCCCUCCCCCUCCCCCUCUCCCCCUCCCCCCUCUCUGUCUCUCCCUCUCUCUCUCCCUCCCCCCUCUCCCUCUCUGUCCUCUCUCUCUCUCUCUCUCUCCUCUCUCUCUCUCUCUCUCUCUCUCUCUCUCUCUCUCUCUCUCUCUCUCUCUCUCUCUCCCCCUCUCUGUCUCUCUCUCUCCCUCCCCCUCUCUCCCCCUCUCUAGGAUCUUCCCAGAGCUCAGUAGUACAGAGAUGGUGGUGGUGGUAGUGAGAGGGAUGAACCUGCCUGCUCCUUCAGGUAACAUUGACCCCCUGUAUUCCCCCCUGUGUUCCCCUGUAUCCCCCCCCCGUGUUCCCUGUAUCCCCCUGUAUCCCCCCCUGUGUUCCCCUGUAUCCCCCCUGUGUUCCCCCCUGUGUUCCCCUGUAUCCCCCCUGUGUUCCCCCCUGUGUUCCCCUGUAUCCCCCCUGUGUUCCCCUGUAUCCCCCCCGUGUUCCCCUGUAAACCCUCCUGUAUUCCCCCUGUAUUCCCCCUGUAUUUCCUCCUGUAUUUCCCCUGUAUUCCCCCUGUAUUCCCCCUGUAUUUCCUCCUGUAUUUCCCCUGUAUUCCCCCUGUAUUCCCCCUGUAGUUCCCCUGUAUCCCCCCCGUGUUCCCCUGUAAACCCCCCUGUAUUCCCCCUGUAUUCCCCCUGUAUUCCUCCUGUAUUCCCCCUGUAUUCCCCCUGUAUUCCUCCUGUAUUCCCCCGUGAUGGUGGUGGUGAACUCAUUGAUCCAGCUCUCUGGAACAGCACCCAGGUAUUGAGUCAGCUCCUCUCUGACCUCUCUCUGACCUCUCUCUGACCUCUCUCCUCAGGUGUAGCUACCAAUGACCUGGAUGCCUAUGUGAAGUUUGACUUCCCCUACCCCAGUACGGUGAGUUGGUAGGAUACAGCUCUGUUUACCAACCGGUUCUUGGAGACUCACAUCCGUUGCACAUAUUUGUUCUAAUCCAGCACUAGCACACCAUAUUCACAUAAUCAACUAAUCAUCAAGCCCUUCAUUAGUUGAAUCAGGUGUGCUGUGCUCCAAGCUAUAGUAUGCCUAUUGAUUGGUCUGAGAAGGGCUGUAGGGUGGUAGUGGUAGUGGUGGUAUCAGCAGUAGUAGUAGUAGUAGUUGUUUUACGUCAUUUAGCAGACGCUCUUAUCCAGAGCGACUUACAAAUUGGUGCAUUCACCUUAUAGCCAGUGGGAUAACCACUUUACAGUAUAUAUUUUUUUGGGGGGUCGGGUAAGGGGGGGUAGAAGGAUUACUUUAUCCUAUCCCAGGUAUUCCUUAGAGGUGGGGUUUCAAGUGUCUCCGGAAGGUGGUGAGUGACUCCGCUGUCCUGGCGUCGUGAGGGAGCUUGUUCCACCAUUGGGGUGCCAGAGCAGCGAACAGUUUUGACUGGGCUGAGCGGGAACUGUGCUUCCGCAGAGGUAGGGGGGCCAGCAGGCCAGAGGUGGAUGAACGCAAUGCCUUCGUUUGGGUGUAGGGACUGAUCAGAGCCUGAAGGUACGGAGGUGCCGUUCCCCUCACAGCUCCGUAGGCAAGCACCAUGGUCUUGUAGCAGAUGCGAGCUUCAACUGGAAGCCAGUGGAGUGUGUGGAGGAGCGGGGUGAUGUGAGAGAACUUGGGAAGGUUGAACACCAGAUGGGCUGCGGCAUUCUGGAUGAGUUGUAGGGGUUUAAUGGCACAGGCAGGGAGCCCAGCCAACAGCGAGUUGCAGUAAUCCAGACAGGAGAUGACAAGUGCCUGGAUUAGGACCUGUGCCGCUUCCUGUGUAAGGCAGGGUCGUACUCUGCGAAUGUUGUAGAGCAUGAACCUACAGGAUCGGGUCACCGUCUUGAUGUUAGCGGAGAACGACAGGGUGUUGUCCAGGGUCACGCCAAGGCUCUUCGCACUCUGGGAGGAGGACACAACGGAGUUGUCAACCGUGAUGGCGAGAUCAUGGAACGGGCAGUCCUUCCCCGGGAGGAAGAGCAGCUCCGUCUUGCCGAGGUUCAGCUUGAGGUGGUGAUCCGUCAUCCACACUGAUAUGUCUGCCAGACAUGCAGAGAUGCGAUUCGCCACCUGGUUAUCAGAAGGGGGAAAGGAGAAGAUUAGUUGUGUGUCGUCUGCGUAGCAAUGAUAGGAGAGGCCAUGUGAGGAUAUGACAGAGCCAAGUGACUUGGUGUAUAGCGAGAAUAGGAGAGGGCCUAGAACUGAGCCCUGGGGGACACCAGUGGUGAGAGCACGUGGUGCGGAGACAGAUUCUCGCCACGCCACUUGGUAGGAGCGACCGGUCAGGUAGGACGCAAUCCAAGAGUGAGCCGCACUGGAGAUGCCCAGCUCGGAGAGGGUGGAGAGGAGGAUCUGAUGGUUCACAGUAUCAAAGGCAGCAGACAGGUCUAGAAGGACAAGAGCAGAGGAGAGAGAGUUAGCUUUAGCAGUGCGGAGAGCCUCCGUGACACAGAAGAGCAGUCUCAGUUGAAUGACCAGUCUUGAAACCUGACUGGUUUGGAUCAAAAAGUAUUCAGCAGGGAGGAGAAGGUGGCAAAGAGCUUCCUAGGGUUAGAGGCAGAUGCUUUGAAUUUAGAGUGGUAGAAAGUGGCUUUAGCAGCAGAAACAGAGGAAGAAAAUGUAGAGAGGAGGGAGUGAAAAGAUGCCAGGUCCGCAGGGAGUCUAGUCUUCCUCCAUUUCCGCUCGGCUGCCCGGAGCCCUGUUCUGUGAGCUCGCAAUGAGUCAUCAAACCACGGAGCAGGAGGGGAGGACCGAGCCGGCCGGGAGGAUAGGGGACAUAGAGAGUCAAAGGAUGCAGAAAGGGAGGAGAGGAGGGUUGAGGAGGCAGAAUCAGGAGAUUGGAGGGAGAAGGAUUGAGCAGAGGGAAGAGAUGAUAGGAUGGAAGAGGAGAGAGUAGCGGGAGAGAGAGAGCGAAGGUUGCGGCGGCGCGUUACCAUCUGUGUAGGGGCAGAGUGAGUAGUGUUGGAGGAGAGCGAGAGAGAAAAGGAUACAAAGUAGUGGUCGGUGACUUGGAGGGGAGUUGCAGUGAGAUUAGUAGAAGAACAGCAUCUAGUAAAGAUUAGGUCAAGCGUAUUGCCUGCCUUGUGAGUGGGGGGGACGGUGAGAGGGUGAGGUCAAAAGAGGAGAGGAGUGGAAAGAAGGAGGCAGAGAGAAAUGAGUCAAAGGUAGACGUAGGUAGGUUGAAGUCACCCAGAACUGUGAGGGGUGAGCCAUCCUCAGGAAAGGAACUUAUCAAGGCGUCAAGCUCAUUGAUGAACUCUCCAAGGGAACCUGGAGGGUGAUAAAUGACAAGGAUGUUAAGCUUGAAUGGGCUAGUGACUGACAGCAUGGAAUUCAAAUGAGGAGAUAGACAGAUGGGUCAGGGGAAAAAGAGAGAAUGUCCACUUGGGAGAGAUGAGGUCCUCUGUAGCUCAGCUGGUAGAGCACGGCGCUUGUAACGCCAUGGUAGUGGGUUCGAUCCCCGGGACCACCCAUACACAAAAAAAAUGUAUGCACGCAUAUCUGUAAGUCGCUUUGGAUAAAAGCGUCUGCUAAAUGGCAUAUUAUUAUUAUUAUUAUUAUGAGGAUUCCUGUGCCACCACCCCGCUGACCAGAUGCUCUUGGGGUAUGCGAGAACACAUGGUCAGACGAGGAGAGAGCAGUAGGAGUAGCAGUGUUUUCAGUAGUAAUCCAUGUUUCCGUCAGCGCCAAGAAGUCGAGGGACUGGAGGGUAGCAUAGGCUGAGAUGAAGUCAGCCUUGUUGGCAGCAGAACGGCAGUUCCAGAGGCUGCCUGAGACCUGGAACUCCACGUGGGUGGUGCGUGCAGGGACCACCAGGUUAGAGAGGCAGCAGCCACGCGGUGUGAGGCGUUUGUAUAGCCUGUGCGGAGAGGAGAGAACAGGGAUAGGCAGAGGCAUAGUUGACAGGCUACAGAAAAUGGCUACAAUAAUGCAAAGGAGAUCGGAAUGAAAUGAACUAAACAUCUGAGAAAGGAGAAAGCGGGGCCUCCCUCACUUACAUUUCACUGAAACACCCAAAUAUAACUCUCCCAACUUCCACCUCAGAAACUAUAAUUGUUGUAAACUACAGCGGUUCAAUGUUUUCUAGGAAUAGACUAACUUAGUUUAUUCAGCUAGCUAACUUGGUACAGUAUUCUUCCGUGAAAAUCGUCCAGGGCACCUAGUCAUAUGACGCCACAGCCAACUAGCAUGCCGGACUCCAACAACACAGUUUAGCACCAAUACUCGGCCACAACAAACCACCAGUGUGUCAACACGCCAAGCAGAUCCUUCGUGUCUAUGUCUAACGUUGUGGGUUAGUCCCGACAGCUUGAGCGAGUCCGUCGUCAACUUAUUCAGCCAGUUAGUUAGCUAGAAUAGUUAGCAUACUAGCUAGCCAUUGCUUUCAGACAAAGAAGAAACCCCUCCUCCCACGGCACGAACACACAGAGAGAGCCAAGCUAACGUUAACUAGUCACCCAUGUCCCGAAUUCCCUUGAACGACUCUGGCUACCAGUAUGUAAAAACAAAACACAAAUAUAGGUUAUAACUUACCCCUAGCAGCUACUGUUAGCUAGCCAAGUGCAAAGCUAGCCACUGAAUUGACUCAGCCAGUUCGCGUCUGUUCGCUAGGUCGUUCCAGCUAUUGUUUAGUAGCUAUCCAGGUAGCAACAAGCUAGCUAAAUUUCAAGCACAGUAGCCACUAGUAGUAGUAGUAGCAGUAGCAGUAGUAAUAAUCUCUAUUUGAACUAAUGUCUAUCUUCUCCUCUGAUCUCAGGAGCAACCCCAGAAACACAGAACUGCUGUGAUCAAGAACACUAACUCCCCAGGUAAUGCCCAGGACCGUGGUGUCUGUGGUGUGUCUGUACAUAGGUUAACCCCAUUUCAUGUGUGGCUCAUGUCUCUGUGCUCCAGAGUUCAACCAGAGCUUCACUCUGAACAUCAACCGGAACCACAGAGGCUUCAGGAGAGCGGUCCAAUCUAAAGGACUCAAACUGGAGCUGCUGCACAAAGGGUACAUUACACCACACACACACACACACACACACACACACACACACACACACACACACACACACACACCACACACACACACACACACCACACACACACACACACACACACACAACCUUGUGACCCUAGAUGAGUGGAGGUGUUUUGAUCCUUUCAAGUGACAGUGAUGUGAGGUCAUUGUGUGUGUCAUGUGACAGGGGUUUCCUGCGGAGCGACAAGCCUAUAGGGACGGCCCACAUCAAACUGGAGAAACUGGAGACCGAGAGUGAAGUACGAGAGAUAGUGGAGGUAAGGGAGGAAGGGAGGGAAUUGUAAAUACAACCUAUGUUUUAGUUAUUUUCCCAUUUGUACUUUAACUAUUUACACAUCAUUACAACACUGUAUAUAGCCAUAAUAUGACAUUUGAAAUGUCUUUAUUCUUUUGUAACUUUUGUGAGUGUAAUGUUGACUGUUGUUUAUUUCACUUUUGUUUAUUAUCUGUUUCCCAUGCCAAUAAAGCCCUUUGAAUUGAGAGAGAGACCUAUUCAGAGAGGGAGAGAGACCUAAAAGUCUCUGAAAAAAGUAUUUGAUCCCCUGCUGAUUUUGUACGUUUGCCCACUGACAAAGAAAUGAUCAGUCUAUAAUUUUAAUGGUAGGUUUAUUUGAACAGUGAGAGACAGAAUAACAACAACAAAAAUCCAGAAAAACACAUGUCAAAAAUGUUAGAAAUUGAUUUGCAUUUUAAUGAGGGAAAAAAAUAAAGUAGUAGUAGUUGGCAAUAUCAGUGGGUUUUGUGAUGAAUGAGCCAUCUGAUUCAAUGAAUGAUGGAGCAGAGUUUGCCUUUUUGCCCACAAUUUCAUUUGAGGUGCUCCAAAGCUUUUUACUAUCCUCCUAUCCUCAUUUAUCUUUGUUUCAUAGUGGAGUUUCUUCUUCUUAUUCAGCGUCUGGUUGCUCGUCGGACCAACAAAUAUUCUUCACAUCAACAACAAAGGAAUAACUACAGAACUUCUUAUAUGACCUCUUUUACAGAAUAUUAGGCCCAGCCUUUGGAACUUUGGUUUUCCUAGAUAUGGCUACUAUAUUGUGAUCACUACAUCUGAUGGAUUCGGAUACUGCUUUCAAACACAUUUCUGCAGCAUUAUGACAACUCAGCGACACAAUGGUAGGGAUUAAAUUAGCUGGACUUGGGUCAUUGAUAAGUCAUUGUCUCAACGCAGCCUUAUAAUGCUGUGAAAGGAUCCAGGAUCCCAAAUGAUUUGGGUGGAUCCCAUCCUCCUUAUAAUACAGCUUUGUUUCCAUAAGGUAUCAAAAUUGUCAAUAAAUGUUUCACCCACAGAGCUGCAAUAGUCUCGUAGCCAGUUAUGGAGGGCUAAAAGUCUGCUGAACCGUUCAAUGCCACGAUUUAGGGAGGGCAGAGGGCCAGAUAUUAUGGGGCGUUUGUUGGUGUCAAGUAGAGACCCAAUCAGUUCUUUAAAAUCCAUCUUCAGCUGUUCUGAGCUGCCCUUCAUAAUAUAAUUUAUAAUCUACUUGUUAAACUACAUAACACGCUGGCUAAAUAAUCCACAUGUUAAGCUACAUAACAAAUGUUCUGAUCAGUGCUAAUAGAGCCAACUAGACAAGAUGAUCAUGAGCUGCACUCACCUCAACCUAGCUAACAAAAAUCCCCACACGUCUCAAAGCAGUUUGAAAGGAAUAUGAGUGAACUGUUUUGGUUGUGUGUUUUAGUGAUACUACGUUUUAUACUACAGGUGAUAGAUGGUCGUAAGCCUACAGGAGGACGUGUGGAGGUCAAGGUUCGCCUGAGAGAGCCUCUGAGUGGACAGGACCUUCAGACAACCACAGAACGCUGGUUAGUCCUGGACCAGUCACAGGUAAACACCACAGAAUCCUGGUUAGUCCUGGACCAGUCACGGGUAAACACCCCAGAACCCUGGUUAUUCCUGGACCAGUCACGGGUACACACCACAGAAUCCUGGUUAGUCCUGGACCAGUCACGGGUAAACACCCCAGAACCCUGGUUAUUCCUGGACCAGUCACGGGUACACACCACAGAAUCCUGGUUAGUCCUGGACCAGUCACGGGUAAACACCACAGAAUCCUGGUUAGUCCUGGACCAGUCACGGGUAAACACCACAGAACGCUGGUUAGUCCUGGACCAGUCACGGGUAAACACCACAGAACGCUGGUUAGUCCUGGACCAGUCACGGGUAAACACCCCAGAACCCUGGUUAUUCCUGGACCAGUCACGGGUAAACACCACAGAACCCUGGUUAUUCCUGGACCAGUCAUGGGUAAACACCACAGAACCCUGGUUAUUCCUGGACCAGUCACGGGUAAACACCACAGAACCCUGGUUAGUCCUGGACCAGUCACGGGUACACACCACAGAACCCUGGUUAGUCCUGGACCAGUCACGGGUAAACACCACAGAACCCUGGUUAGUCCUGGACCAGUCACGGGUAAACACCACAGAACCCUGGUUAGUCCUGGACCAGUCACAGGUAAACACCACAGAACCCUGGUUAGUCCUGGACCAGUCACGGGUAAACACCACAGAACCCUGGUUAGUCCUGGACCAGUCACGGGUAAACACCACAGAACCCUGGUUAGUCCUGGACCAGUCACAGGUAAACACCACAGAACGCUGGUUAGUCCUGGACCAGUCACGGGUAAACACCACAGAACCCUGGUUAGUCCUGGACCAGUAACAGUUAUAUUUGGAGCAAGGAGUUUGGCUCAUAGUUAAAGGCCAAAGUGUAGUGUCCCCUGUCAGACCGUUGAGUUCUAGCGUGAUUGUGGGCCUGACAUUCGAUAACCUUUGCCUCUGGUUGGUCCUCCAGGUUCUUCUCUAACUGCUGCUUAGCUGGGAGGACUAGGAAGACUUUUAAAAAGGUAGGUGAACUUCCUCUCCCCAACAUACUUUUGUGUGGACGUUAAAAUAGAAAUUUAGUGAUCAACUCAAUUACCUUUCUGUCUCACAGAUGAAACACUCCCAUUGUCCUCUGAUGAUGAUGAUGGAUGACGAUGUCGUGGCUGGCCUGUUUAUAGUCUUCCAGGGUUCUGGCGGUCCGACACAGUCAACACGGGUCUUUAGCUUGUAAACUUUUUGCACACUGAGAGACGGAGCUUCUUUUCACUCUAGGGGGAAUGGGCUCCAUGUAUAACCUUAAGUUAACAUUUGGCCAGGAUUCAAUCCAAGGCGCGCUGCACUUGACUUAUACAGGUCAUUAUUUUACACUUGUGCCGAUUUUGAAUCCCAGCCCGAGUUCAUUACCAUGCUGAUUUAAAAGACAGCUACCUAGUUAGUUUCUGUAAUAUAUUAUCCACCUAUGCACUAACACUACCAAAGUAAUCACUGUUGCUGUACGAUGCUGCAUAUUUGAAUUGCCUUGAUUAGCUGCCAUACUGUUCAUGAUUACAGUAAUAAUGUGCGACAGAACUUGCAUCUCUCAAAUGUAAUUAUUCGCUACGUUGUUUUUUUUUUUUUUUUCUAUUCACUGGAACCAGGAUUCAAUCCAGAUUAGAUCCCCGGUAUCGCCGCUUUACAUUUUUUAAAGGUCAUUUCCUAUUGAGCAGACAUCUGCAGCGUUCACCUUGAAUGCGAUCUCAGCGAACGUGGGAACAUUGCCUUUUUAAAAGCUGCAUUGUGGACUAGAGCGUAGGGGAUGAAUCCCGGCCCUAAUGGCAGAACGGGAGAAUCCUCGCGCACACACACAGAUGUCUUGGCUACCACCGUUACUGGACAUUCAAAGGCAAUUGGUCAACUGACAUAAGCAUUGUCAUAGGUACUCUAUAAAGGUCUAAUGUAAUGGUUAUCAGGCUACAUAGCUCUUCUGACUGUGGCACAGUGAGCUGGAUAAUAUAGAUCUGUGUCUGAAGUGACCCACUAUUCCCUUUGGGCCCUGGUCAAAACUAGUGCACUAAAUGGGGAAUAGAGGGUUAUUUGGGAUGUAGAUAGUGUCUGAUUUUGUUAUCUCACUGUUAUGUUAUAUGAUGUGUGGUUGAUGCUUAACUGCAUGUUGUUUGAGAAAGAUGUCACUUAUCUUGUGGUGGUGGUUGGGAUUGUUCCGGUCAUUUCUCUUUGUGUUGAAGAAACUCAUACGUUUUACACUUUAUAGCUGUGAAACUUUGGUACACAUAGGAAUUAUAUCAUCCGUGAGUUGGGUUCAGCUGAGCUUUUUGCCAAGGACAUUUUUUUUAUGUCUGUGUGCAUAUUUAAAGUAGUAUUUUAUGAAAAUAGGUAAUUUAAAAUGCUUAACAGCAAAGCCAUUAUGGUUACAGGGCGGGUUUCCUGGACACGGAUUAAGCCUAUACUGGACUAAGAAGCUUUUCAAUGGAGACUCUUCAUUGAACAUCAUUAUUUUGGUCCAGGGCAGUCUGUGUUCGGGAAACUGGCCCACAGUCUGAGCCAAUUAUAUCCCCCCCCAUUCCCUACUGAUAGCCUAUUAUAUCCCACUAUAACUUUACAAUGUUGCUUGUGUCAGAAUAUUUCAAACUGAUGACUUAUAAUACAGUGCAUCAAUGCGGUCCCGUCAUUUCCAAAUAAAUAUUUUAUUAAUUAUACAUUUAAGUAAUUUUUAUUUCUUAACAAAAUGCAACUGUCUCCUUUCCUCUCCUCCAAUGUGUUUUUGGAUGUAUAUUUUGGCACAUUUAUCAUAAAGAGACUUAAAACUGUAGACUUUAUCCAACCUAGGGUGCCUUCCCUGAAUCAAUCCCCAAAUGUGUAUUUGGGGUAAAAAGGAAGCAUGCAUUUCACUUUUCUGUAAGUUUUUAAUUAUACAUAUAUACUACAGGUUUUGAUUAGACUGCUUUUGACAUUCGUAGUAUACAAUAAAGAAAAAAUAUUUGUGCUUUUCAUACAUAUAAUUUUUUUUUUUUUUUUUUGAUUGAUGUCAAUGUUAAAAAGAAUGUGGAUUUUCUUAAUCCAGCCAUGUUCCGGCCUGAUUGAAUGACUGUUUGUUUUGAUCCACAGGACAGUAGAAUAUGGUCACAAUGCCGAGUAGUUGGUUUGUUUCUGUCUUUAAGUUCUGGUAAGGACAAGUCUGUUCAAUUGAAUAACAAAAUGCUACCAUCAAGAAAACAAACAAUUGCACCUUUUUGGAUAUAGGUUAGUGCACACCUGAAAUAAUGGGCUGUAUUCACUAGUGCACACCGUAGCAAACAGUUUCGCAACGGAAAACAUUGCCACAAUCGAGUUUCUAUUGGACAAAUUCAGGUAGGUUCCUAGUAAGGGCGUACAAAGCCCUGUGAACGGCCUCAGGAAAACAACCUUUACAAUGUCUCCUCUUGAAGUUGCACGCUGUAGUGUGAGGAUUCAGGAAGCCACUGUCCUAAGCAUGUAGAUAUGAAAGCUCCUCUCCAGAAAUGUGAGUCCUGUUCAUUAGGGCACGUAACAGAACAUUUUGCAAACGGAAAAUUUAAAUUGAGUGUUUCUUAUUGGACAAGACCUCGUAGUCUCUGUUCUGUCUUCUCUUCCGUUUGGGGUCUAUUGAACGCAACCUUGAUGGACACAGAUGAAUAGAAUGACACAACUCAGGCUGACACACAACAGGGUCGUAUUCAUUAGUGGAAAAAACGUUUUGCAACGGGAAAACAAAAACAAGUGUUCCUUAUUGGACGGGUGGUUCUGGUAAUCCUGUUUUCUUCCGUUUGGUGCGUAAUGAACAGGACCCAGGAGGGACGAUCCUCCGAUAACCAUUGUAAUGUCAUCUGUCCAUAGCAGUUUGAUGCCCUCCAUUAUUCAUUGUUACAGCACAACCAGAGUAACAAGCAGGCCCUCAAUACUGUCUGAAACCCACCAUUUUUCUUUACAAUAAAAUGAUUCAAUAAAUAUACAGUAUACUUACAUUCAUACCUUAAUGCUGUUUGUCAAAGCAUUAGUUAUUCUGCAGAUAUUCAUGUGUGACGGUCUCUCUUGGGAGUUUAGUUUAGUAUCGUAGCAUUGGGCAUAUUGUUUAAUCAAUAAUACCUUUGGCAAAACCACCAUGUCUCAGGUACUUGAUAAUAUACUGUAUUUAUCUUUGUUUACCUACAAUUUUUUUUUUUUUACAAAUGUUAGAAAGAUGUCCAGUACAAUAAAGAUUGUAUUUUGAUCAUGUCUUUCUGCUAAGCUGCCAAAUUUAGCGACAAACAUUACUGACAGAUCAAACAUUUAAAAAAACGCAAUUAGGUAGUACAUUCUUCUGACAGACCUCUUCUCUUCAGGUCCGUGCCCACAUAGCAGAGGGCAGUGUGGGGUUGCAUUCCAAAUGGCACCUUAUCCCAUAUAUAUAUAUAUAUAAAGGGCACUACUGUUGACCAAGGCCUAUAAGGACUAGGAUGCCACUUCGGACGCAACUCUCAUAAGCCCACGGAGCCGCUCACACACUCGACAUCGUGGCUCUAAAAUAAUUGGAUUGGUAUAAGAAAAGUCUGGAGAUAAGUUCCACCAUUUUGAAUCCAUGAGAAGGCGUGUUCAAGUGCAAACUUCAGGAGAAGGGUAAAGAAUCAGGAAGCAGCCCCAGUCAUUGACCAAGGUCUGCCGUUUUAACCCCAGUCAUUGACCAAGGUCUGCCGUUUUAACCCCGGUCAUUGACCAAGGUCUGCCGUUUUAACCCCAGUCAUUGACCAAGGUCUGCCGUUUUAACCCCAGUCAUUGACCAAGGUCUGCCGUUUUAACCCCAGUCAUUGACCAAGGUCUGCCGUUUUAACCCCAGUCAUUGACCAAGGUCUGCCGUUUUAACCCCAGUCAUUGACCAAGGUCUGCCGUUUAACCCCAGUCAUGACCAAGGUCUGCCGUUUUAACCCCAGUCAUUGACCAAGGUCUGCCGUUUUAACCCCAGUCAUUGACCAAGGUCUGCCGUUUUUAACCCCAGUCAUUGACCAAGGUCUGCCGUUUUAACCCCAGUCAUUGACCAAGGUCUGCCGUUUUAACCCCAGUCAUUGACCAAGGUCUGCCGUUUUAACCCCAGUCAUUGACCAAGGUCUGCCGUUUUAACCCCAGUCAUUGACCAAGGUCUGCCGUUUUAACCCCAGUCAUUGACCAAGGUCUGCCGUUUUAACCCCAGUCAUUGACCAAGGUCUGCCGUUUUAACCCCAGUCAUUGACCAAGGUCUGCCGUUUUAACCCCAGUCAUUGACCAAGGUCUGCCGUUUUAACCCCAGUCAUUGACCAAGGUCUGCCGUUUUAACCCCAGUCAUUGACCAAGGUCUGCCGUUUUAACCCCAGUCAUUGACCAAGGUCUGCCGUUUUAACCCCAGUCAUUGACCAAGGUCUGCCGUUUUAACCCUUCAGCCAUCAGUCUCGAUGUCCUUACGUCCCAUUCUCCUGUAAAUGGCUUAGACUCCAGUGCACAGCUUCUGCAUUUUACAAUAGUUUCUGCAAAAUUUUUUAUUCUUUGUAUAAUGAUGACAAAUUUAAAAUCGGUUUGGCAGUUUGUUUUGAAAACCGCCAUCGUACAAAAACAAAACGUAGCUAGCUGAUGCUAUGGGGUCUGUGGAUGGAGGAGGACAGCAUCAAUGUGUUGAAUAGAUGCUUUGGCUCACAGGUCAGGAGGACAGGGUUGGGACCCAUAUGGCUCUCUGUAGUGCACUAUAAAGGGAAUAUGGUGCAAUUUAGGACCCAUAUGGCUCUGGUCAAAUGUAGUGCACUAUAAAGGGAAUAUGGUGCAAUUUAGGACCCAUAUGGCUCUGGUCAAAUGUAGUGCACUAUAAAGGGAAUAUGGUGCAAUUCAGGACCCAUAUGGCUCUGGUCAAAUGUAGUGCACUAUAAAGGGAAUAUGGUGCAAUUUAGGACCCAUAUGGCUCUGGUCAAAUGUAGUGCACUAUAAAGGGAAUAUGGUGCAAUUUAGGACCCAUAUGGCUCUGGUCAAAUGUAGUGCACUAUAAAGGGAAUAUGGUGCAAUUUAGGACCCAUAUGGCUCUGGUCAAAUGUAGUGCACUAUAAAGGGAAUAUGGUGCAAUUUAGGACCCAUAUGGCUCUGGUCAAAUGUAGUGCACUAUAAAGGGAAUAUGGUGCAGUUUGGGACGCACCCACAGGUAACAACCAUGCUUCAGUUCCUCUAGUAUCCUCUCUCCAUCACUUACAGAAAGGAGGAUGAGGCUGGGGUUAGUUAAUGGUGGUGAAGGAUGAGGCUGGGGUUAGUUAAUGGUGGUGAAGGAUGAGGCUGGGGUUAGUUAAUGGUGGUGAAGGAUGAGGCUGGGGUUAGUUAACGGUGGUGAAGGAUGAGACUGGGGUUAGUUAAUGGUGGUGAAGGAUGAGGCUGGGGUUAGUUAACGGUGGCAGGAUGAGGCUGGGGUUAGUUAAUGGUGGUGAAGGAUGAGGCUGGGGUUAGUUAAUGGUGGCAGGAUGAGGCUGGGGUUAGUUAAUGGUGGUGAAGGAUGAGGCUGGGGUUAGUUAAUGGUGGCAGGAUGAGGCUGGGGUUAGUUAAUGGUGGCAGGAUGAGGCUGGGGUUAGUUAAUGGUGGUGAGGAUGAGGGGCUGGGGUUGUUAAUGGUGGCAGAUGAGGCUGGGUUAGUUAAUGGUGGUGAAGGAUGAGGCUGGGGUUAGUUAAAUGGUGGCAGGGCUGUGGGCUGGGGUAGUAUGGUUGGUUGAAGAUGAGGCUGGGGUUAGUUAAUGGUGGCCGGGACUGUGGCUGGGGUAGUUAAUGGUGGGAAGGAUGUGAGGCUGGGGUUAGUUAAUGGUGGGCAGGAUGAGGUGGGGGUAGUUAACGGUGGCAGGAUGAGCUGGGGGUUAGUUUUAAUGGUGGCAGGAAUGAGGCUGGGGGUUAGUUAAUGGUGGCAGGAUGAGGCUGCGGGUUAGUUAAUGGUGGCAGGAUGAGGCUGGGGUUAGUUUCAUGGUGGCAGGAUGAGGCUGGGGUAGUUAAUGGUGGCAGGAUGAGGCUGGGUUAGUUAACGGUAGGUUGAAGGAUGAGGCUGGGGUUAGUUAACGGUGGUGAAGGAUGAGGCUGGGGUUAGUUAAUGGUGGCAGGAUGAGGCUGGGGUUAGUUAAUGGAGGCUGGGGUUAGUUAAUGGUGGCAGGAUGAGGCUGGGGUUAGUUAACGGUGGUGAAGGAUGAGGCUGGGGUUAGUUAAUGGUGGUGAAGGAUGAGGCUGGGGUUAGUUAACGGUGGUGAAGGAUGAGGCUGGGGUUAGUUAACGGUGGUGAAGGAUGAGGCUGGGGUUAACAGUCGGUGGUGAAGGAUCAGACCACAAUGCAUCAGUGCUUCUACAUCUGCAUUGCUUGAUGUUUGGGGUUUUAGGCUGGGUUUCUGUAUAGCACUUUGUGACAUCUGCUGAUGUAAAAAGGGCUUUUUAAAAACAUUUGAUUGAACUCUCAUCCCAAGACUCCAACCAGUCCCCUCGGUGGCCAAUGGGAGGCCAGAGACUGUUUGUUAUACUUCCUGUUAGAAUGUUCUGGUAAAGCAUUGGAACCUGUUUUAAUCAGCUUACGCUUGGUCUAAAACAGUAGGGUGACACUUGACGACAUGGUUCUCAGAAGACGAGAAGCUUCUCCGUAUAAAGCUUGGUUGAUCUCCAUGGUCGAAAAUGGUUCAGGAUCUUUGACCUAUUUAAAAGUCUGACAGUAAAAUCAGUAACACCCACACCACCUGUCUUAGACAUUGUACCUUCUCGACUAGGUCCAACUGCUUAGCAGUUAUAGUGUGACAGACAUCCUUGGUGUUGGAUCUCUGGAAGCUACAGAAGUGGCGCUAUUGAGCCAAUUGCAGCCCCGCCUAAACAAAAUAACAAGCAAAACUAAAACUGUAGUCCAUCAAUGUCAGGAGGUAAAGCAUUUGGUGAUCAUUGGCUAAAGGCCAGGCUGAAAACCAGAGGAAAGUUAUUUCCUUCUGUCCAUCCUUAAUUACUUCUAAUCCUCCUUCCACUGUGAAGAGUUGAAACUGCAGGCACUGAGCACUGGGAUGCAAAUGAAACCGCAUCACCAGACAAAUGUUUCCUCCCUCUCUUUUCUCACUCCUUCCACUUAUGAGUUUUUUAAAUCUUCCCAGCUCACCAGACCGUGUAAAGUCCCUGUCGGCAGAGACAGAAGUGUAGUCUCAUCAGGCAGAGCUCUGGACACCUCUACCUGGGGUCCUCAAAGCGCCAAUGCUACAACAUGGCCUUUGGAGACUACGUUUCCCAGAGUGCAGUGCUUCUGCUUUGUCCUCUGGUUGGCUAGCUACCACAGCUAAAACAAUACAGUAUGAAGAUCGGCAGAAACUGCUUCUCCAAUAGAAAUCCUAGGUCAUGGCAACUUGGCUAGCUAAGCUCAUGCGUAGAAACACGUCAUUGGCUCGAGACGACCAAACUGCAUGUGCUGGCUGUCAAAGCAAAGGGACUCCUUCAAUAUAAAGUAGUUUUUGAAGAAAAUGAAAACGUGUCAGUUUGUCACUUUCACGAGGUUGGAGCGAUAACAUGUUCAGCUACUGAAGACAUUGGCUUGAAUCUAGGCCUUUUAGAUUUAGAGAACAUUCACAACUCAGGAAUUUUACUUCUCAAACCCCUGCUUGGUCUGUUUCGCUAGCGUUCCCGAUUUAGUCUCGCGACGUUGCGCCUUUGCGUUUAGAAACUGACCAGAGUGGAACAGGAAGGCUCCUCCAGAUUUCCUGAUUCAUGUGAUCUGGGCCAGGGUGGACAUGGUUCAUAGGUGGACUGGAGAGGCGCUAGCUGUCUGGUGAAGGGAUACCAACAUCCGCUAGCUGCCCCUCACAGCCUUUAGCCUCUCUCUGAAGAGAUGGAAGAACAGGAGGCAGGAUGGGAGGACAAAAGAGAGGACGGGGACGAGAACGAGGAGAUCAGAGUCUGGGGUGUUGGUCCGUCUUCUAGGAGAGGAUUUCCAGGAUGUAGAAGACCAGCUCCAUGACGACGGGGCCCUCGCUGAGUUGACCCGCCCCUCUGUGGAUGACCGGGAUCAGAGUUCUGUCCAGGUCACUCAGGUAAUGGGAGGGGAGAGGCUGGCCGUUACUACCUGCUAG